AUGGAGCGCGGCGCCGGGAAGCUGAGCGGGGAGCCCCGCGCCAACGGCUGCAGCCUCACCGGGCACCACGGCCUGAAGAACGGCUACGUGCGAGGCUUCCCAGGAGCGGAGCCCCACGGCCAGGUGAGGCGGGUUGACGGGGCUCCUCUGCCGGGCGCGCCCUGCUGCCGCUGCUGAGCGGCCCCUCCCCAGAGCGGAACCCAGGCCGCGGCCUGCUCGGUCCCGGCGCGCGUCCGCUUGGCCUGGAGUCUCGCCUCAGGGCGAGGUUCUUGGGCUGGGCCGCGCUUGCCUCUGGCGUCCCCCGCAGUGGGGAAGGAGGGAGAAGGAUGGCCUGGAGCGGCACAGAGGCUCCUUCGGCUGCCUCUUCCCGCCUGCCCUGCCCUCCUUGGCGUGGCCGAGAGGAACGCUCGAGGCUGGCAGAGUCAGGCGACUCCCCGCUCCAGGAAGGGACGGAGGGAAGCAAAAGUGCCUUUCCCUUUCCCUUCCUCUUCUUCUCCUCGAGGGGACGGGGAGUUAAUCUAACUCGGAGCUGGCGUCCUUCCCUUCCCUUCCCUUCCCUUCCCUUUCUUGGCGGCUUUGGAAGCCCAGGAUGAUUUCCGCAGGGACACGCACACUUCGUGUCUCGAAAUUAACUCCCCUGGUUUCAGUAGCCGAAUUUCCUCUUCGCAUUCAAGAAAGGAGGAGUACAGCGCCGGCCUUACUGGCUGCUUUCGUUGAGGUUUCCAGGCUAAGACAGCUGCUUACUCUCUUCCGGGGCUGGAAGGCGAGUUUCCUUCACCCCCAUUCCAAUGCAUCCUAAUUAAUAAAAGAUGGCACGAGGGCAGGCCUGUCACCCCCACCCCCCCAAAAUGGUCUUCUUUGCCGAGCUUCAUAUUCAGAUCAAGGGGGAAGCCCCAGGACAGGGGUGGAAGUGGCAGGAAUUAGGAGCAGAAGGGUAAGUUGUGGCCCCCAGUUGUUUGGUGGGGGAUAGGGAUGAGACUCCCGUAUCUAGCCUUCGAUAAGCCGCAGGGCCAGGUAAGAAGGGAAUCUGCCACCUAUUUGAUCCUCCUUAUUUAACUGCAUUCACAGCAGCCUGAAACUGUGUUUCUUCUAUAGUUUAGGGGGGGGGUUCACAGGGGUGCAACCCUCUGAAUUUGGCAUGCUGUGUGUGUGUGUGUGUGUGUGUGUGUGUGUGGUAAAACAAAAAAGAAACACAGAAUUUCUAAUUAAGGCCACAUUCUGGUGCUUUAUAUAAAAGCCAUGAAUCCUGCUCCAGUUUACUGUGUGUAUAACUUAUUUCUGGAACUGAUGCUUGAAAUUGAAGUGUGUUUAGUAGUUGUACUACUUUUUAUAUCUUAAGAUGUUCUGGCCAUUAUUGACACUUAGUUUGGUUAUGAUUUAUUGUGUUUUGCUGCUUUUCUUCUUGUAGCUUGAUCAUAUGUCAGUUUAUUUAGAAGUUAGACUUGCAGAAUUUAGUAGCCUUCAAGUCUAUCCUACAUACACUUACUAGUGAGUAAACUUGCUGCCCUAUUAUUGUGUUUUGAUUUGCUCUGUUUCACUUGUAUGCAACGCUGACAAAUGCUUACUGAUUACUACUGCCGUUGUCUUCUGGUGACAAUCACUUCAUUGUACAAAUUUUCUUAUAUUCCUCAACAACCUUGUGAGGUAUCUGGAUGACCUUGGUAGACAACUAUUUUUUUUUUACUGGCCAUCCAUGAAGUCCAGUCUCACCAUAAUACUGCAUUAGUACCACUGUAUAGGCAUUUUUUGACGUGAUCUAAAUUUAUUCAGUGAAUGAAUUAAUAUCUCGGACUUUGUAUAAGUUCAGUGAACACAUUGUUUUUAAUAUUUGAUUCACUUCAUGCCUUUUGACCUUUUCCAUUUUGAAUUUUAUAUGCAAACAUAUAAUUUUUGUUAAAAGCCCAAAUAUUAAACAUUUACAGUAGGUGAGAAAACUAUGCAUUUUGGACAUUCCUUAUCCAGGCAUUUUUAUUACAGAAAUGAAGAAAACUACAUGUUCACAUGAAGCAUGUGUUCUAUGGCAGUUUGUACUGAGACCUGUUUUAAUAGGCUAGCUAGAAACUGUGUCUCAGGUGCAGUAUCUGCUUCCAGUUUCUGGGAAAGUGGGUAUAGGGUUGUAUACAAAUUUAAUAAAUAAUACUAACCAAGGGUCAUGCUUAAAUCAGAUUUUGGGUAUGUAAGAUCAUUUAGAACCUGUGACACACAAACACACACACAUGCGCCUAUGUUUCUCACAGCAUUUGAAUCUGGAGAAGUUGUGAAAACUCUGGAUUGGUGUCUGAAUGAACUGUUGGACUGGAUAUGGGCCAAUAAACUGUAUUUGAAUCCUGGAAGGAGAGCCUCUUGGAGUGGGUGAUUCCCCUACCUAGGAGACUGGAAAGUUAUCUGUUCUCCAUAGGGUUGUACUCCCUCUGAAGGAGCAGGUGCAUAGCUUGGGAGCUCCCAGAUACAUCUCCAUCACUAGAUGCUCAAAUGUCCUCUGUGACUAGAAAUGCCUUUUACCAGUUCUGCCUGGGUUGCAAGCUAUGGCCAUUGUUGCACAGGGAUAGCCUGAUACUGCAACAUGCUCUGUGUGGAAAUGUGAUUGGGCUUCGUUCAGAAAUUCCAAUUGGAGCAGAAUGCAGCAGCAAGACUGUUCAUGGGGCCACAUGGCCAACAACAUGUGACACCAUUGUUAAAGCAUCUGUGGUGGCUGCGGUCAAUCACUGAAAUUAUCUGCAGGAGUGUAGUUGGUUAUCCCUUGAGUUGAUGAGGCUCAUUUGACAGCAACUAGAAACUGAGCCUUUUGUUUUAUUGGCCCAGUCUUGUGAACUUACCAUUGAAUAGAUGCUUAGCAGGCACUUUCUGUUUUAAAAUUUAAGCACCUGCUGAAAACCUUUCUGUGUCACCAACCUUAUAGUAGCAAUGAAGAAAAGAUCUUUUGCUAAUAGUUAGUGGGUCUCUGAUUAUAACUUUUUAUGUGGUUUUUCUUGUAUGGUUUUAUAUACGCAUGUUGUAAACUACUCUGAAUUUUAAUGAAUAGCAGUCUAUAAAGAUUUUUGUUGAUAAAUAAGUAAAGCACACUUUCGCAAUGGUGCAAAAAAGUUUUAUUUAAAACAACUGAGUAACAUGCUGUGUUCAAGUUACAAGACUUCCAACUGUUCUACAAAUGAGUUCUCACCAUGUUUUUCUGAAGUUCUAUAUACACUUAAAUAUACACUAAACGUGGUGGAACUUCUGAGCAGCAAUAGAGAGGGUCAGACCAUAAAACACAUACAUUAGAAAAGAGUGGUUCUGCCAGCUGCAGGGCAUUCUUUGAAUUUUGAAUACACUGAAUGUUAUUACAAAGAACUGCUAUGAUUUUAAACAUUCUACAUUUCUAGCUUGAGUUAUGAAUUGUGUCAAAAAGCAGGGAGAGAAAUCAUGUCCUGCAUUGUUCUUUCAUCUUGCCAAUCUUAGGUAAGACUGAGCAAACCCUCUUUAAGUCUAACAUUUUGAAUUGCUAGCCUGAAAUGCAAGGAACUGAAUGCACUACCACCAGUCCUUGGUUUUUAGUUCCUGCUAGCUCCUAUGAGCAGAAACAGUUGGCUUACCCAGCCGGAAACCGUUCCUUCAGAGCAACUUCCAUAGCUUCCUGCAUUUUCACACAUUGAGAGCUUUUGGUAACCAUGUACACAAUUAUUGUUAGAGCCUGUCUGAGUCUCAUCUUGGUUGACUCCUUCACUCCCAGAAAGGAAAGGACAUUUGGGGAUGGGCAGUCAGCAUGGCAUACUUAGUGACUGCUUUUGUGGAUUCUUUGGUAGGACACCUCAUGUCUUGUGAGUCUACUGUAUGUAAAGCAUAACCUUCCUAGGUUUGAGACUUGGGAUAGUACUUAAUUGUACUGUGUACUGUGUCUUAAUUUAUCCUUGUUUCUGUUCAAUGUGUAGCAGAAUAGUGCAGGCUUGGUGCCAGCCCUGUCAGUCCCCUCUUAAAUCAGUUACUUUGUAUAUCUAGGGUAGUCAAUCUAUAUUUGCUUCAAUAGAGAGAGAGUUUCCCCUUGCUACGUAUAUAGCAGCCACAUUCAUAGUGGCCAUGUCUGCUUACUGGGAAUUUGCAUUUAAGUUGUCAGUUGGAGCAAGAAAGGGGAAAUCCCUUAAGAUAAUACAUGUCUGGGUACCAGGGGAAUACAGCAUUGGGAUCACUGAAUAGCUGGGUUUAUGUAACCUCAUUCAGGGUGUUGAAUGGCUCCCUACUAAAAAAAGAGAAAAAGGUAAGUUCAUGACCAGCUACUGACCUGUAUCUGGCUUUCUUUUUUUGAUAAACCUCUUUUGGAGGAAGAUUUCCAAGUUUCUGUAUCCCAAGAGUUCAGAAUAAAUAACUGGAAUAAAGCGUUUUGACACCAUCUUCAAAUAAUUAGAGAAAUAAAUUAUCAGUCUAUUGCAGCCUCUCAUCCCUGGGCUACAUAUAGUUCUCAUGUCUCCAAGUUUAUAAGCAACACAAGGAAUUGUACUUUGCUGUUCAUUUUAAAGGAGCGUAUGUCUAAUUGCACUGUUUAUAUAGUUUCUAGACUCGGUUCAUAGUGCAGAUUCUUAGCUUUAUAGCCUUAUCUGGUUUGGAACCUAUGCAAUUUAGCUCAUAUCUCCUUUUAUGAGCCCUUUAUCCUUCUUGCUCUGUGAGUUGUGCCUCUGUCUCAAUGUGACUUUGUCACUCAGAGCAACCACUGCUUUAGCAAUGAGCAGAGCUUAUACAGUCAAGUUGCAGCUUAUGCACAUUUAACAUACAGAAUUUCAACUUUAUGCGCUUGUCUGUAAAAAGGUGGGCAUCCAACAGGAAAGUCAACAAACCCAUUGCACCAUUGCACUCACCUUGGGGGAGUGUUUGGAGGUGCAGGGUGAAUUCAGCAGCCUUGGGAGAGAGAGUAGAGGUGCAGCUGGAGGGUGUGUGCGGCCUUGGAGAUUAAAAAACAUGGCCAUGAAAUGCAAGCCAGGUCCCUCCACUGGUGUGCAACAUUGGAGACAAUGAUUGGUUCCAACACUGCAAGAAAUGUGGCUGCGUUGAGCUGCUUGAGAGGAUGGCAUGUCGGUCUCCAGUGUGGCGUGGAAAUAUAGCUGCAAUGAAUCCAGCAUCUGUGCCAUCAAGGUUCAAGAGAGAAACCUGUGAGGCUGUGACAGCAGGUGUUGCAAGGCUUUAGUGAAGACUGCAGAGGCAUUAUGGCUGGAAGACAUGAACUGUAAACAUGUGCCUGUCAUGUUGAGACAAAAGACUCUCAACCUGUAUGUAGGCACUCUUCAAACCUUCUGCUAUGGAUGGGCAGCCUGGGAAGGAAUUCAAAGCCAGCCAUGGUUGGUGUGACAGUUUUAGGCACCACUUCAACCUCAAAAAUGUGGACAUGAUUGGUGGAGCUGCAUCUGCAGACAAAUAGGCAGCAAAAGCCUACCCUGAGCAAUUAAAGAAGCUGAUAGACGAAAAGGGAUAUUUUCCUGAGCAGGUUUCUAAUGCUGACAAGAUGGGCCUCUUUUGGGAGGGAGGAAUGCCUGACCAGACUUACAUCUCCAAAACGGGAAAACAAAUCCCUGACUUCAAAGCAGCUAAAGAUGGUGUGGCAAUACAGUUGAGCAUUUAAUAAAUCAGGUUUGCUGUACAGGUCAGAAAACCCCCAAAGGCAAGAACAAAAAUAACCUUCCUGUGUUCAAGUAAAGAGACUUGGAUGACUGCAGCAGCAUUUUUGGAUUGGUUCCUCAAGUGCUUCAUUCCCAUGGUGAAGUUCUACCUUGAAAAGAAGCAACUGGACUUUAAACUGUUACUGAUUUUGGACAGUGCUCCUAGCCACCCUGAGGCAACCCACUUUGUCCUUAACAGUGUUGAAAUUGUCUUUCUCUUCUCCCCCAAUAUGACCUCCAUUAUCCAACCUCUCGACUGAGUUGUGUUUCGCAGAUUCAAGGCAACUUAAACAAGGCUAGUUGCAUCACUUACAUUGAGUGAUCAGUGAAUGCAUGCUGGUGAAACUUGUGAAAAUAAUGUCGGAAUGGCUUUGAGUGUUUUCCAAUGCUCAACAACAAAGUGGAACAUAUUGUCCAGAUAUUCAGGCAAGCGGGGGUUGAUUGCUUUGUUGGCGUCAAGGAAGUAGUUGAAUAAUUGGGGGUCUUGGACAAACAUUGACUAAUGAAGAGCAUCCUGUUCUCACAGUGGCCAAACAGUUGCCUGUGGGAAACCAGCAAGCAGGAUUCGAACACAAGAACACUCCUCUUGUGGUUUCCAGCAGCUGGUAUUCAGAAGCCUCUGACUGGAAGUAGAGCAUAGUCACCAUGGCUAGUAGCCAUUGACAGCUGUGCCCUCCAUGAGUUUGUCUAAUUCUCUUUUAAAGUCAUCUAAGCCAGUGGCCAUUACCACUUCUGUUCCGUAAUUUAACUAUGUGCUUUUAUAAGUUGAAAUCUGCUUGAAUUCACUCAAGUCUUCCAAACAGCAAAGCACCUAAAUGAUUUGAUUGCUGACUUUGAUCCCUUUCUGGAACGAAGCCUCAAAAUCACACAUGGUGUUACAGACACUUUCAGUCUUUAUCAAGAAAUGUUUGAGCAGCUCAAGAGAUACCGGUGACAGUUGCUAAUCACCAUGUUUCUCGCAAAAAAUAACACAGCAGCAAACGAGCCCAUGCAAUCUACUUCUGAAGCUAAAUCAGAGCCAACCACUUCACAUGCAAGUCGCCAUCAUACACCCAAGCCACUCCCAUCACUUCAUGGAACAACAUCAAGCACUGAAGAGGAAGGCUAAGUACCGUAGCUGGUAAGUGCUGCACCAUGAUUUUUAUGGGCCAUUUCUCAGUUUUAAAGGGUUGUUUGACUAUUUUGGAUUUAUGUGUUACCCCUGAAAUGUAAUGCACACAUAAUAUGUAAGUCAGCGGUACUGCCAUUAUCCCAAGGAGAAGGCCUUAUAGGAAACUACCACAGAUACAUUGGGGUCAGAGCUGAGGAAAAUAUUUCAACUGUGUGUAUUGUUGACACUGGCUGGUGGUAGCUCUUCAGGUUUUAAGGCAGGAGUCCAUCCUAGCUCUUCCUGUAUAUGCUGGGGGUUGAACUUCAGACCAUUUGCAUGUAAAGUAUGUGUUCUUCCACAGGGUUAUGGCCCUUCCCUUUUCUUUUUUCAUAAAGAUCAUAAAGCAUUUUUUGUUCCACAGAAAGCCUGGCUGCUGACUUCUGAGAAUGUUUUAAUACUGCCAGUUUCUCCAGUUUAUUUUAUUAUGAGUGUUUUUUAAAGAUGAAUAGCAUAAUAUCAUAAGCUAUCUUCAGCUUCAAGGUGGCAAGAGACACAAAAUUUUAAAUAAUAUUUUAUAAUGAAUAUUAUUUAUAUUAUAUAAAAUUUUGUGUCACUUGCCCCCUUGCAGCUGAAGACAGGGACACAAAAUUUUAAAUAAUAUUUUAAGAGAAAAUCUUGGAUGUGGCCAAAGCUUGACAAAGACUCAGAAGUGAGAGGAAGGCUGUGGUCUGCACAAUCCCCUGGUCACUUUUUCUGUGAUGGUAUUCUUUUUUGCUUACUUGUUCCCCGUUUACACAUCUUCACUUCUCUCCGUACUAUCAUCCUUCAGAUUCUUUGAGAAUCUUUAACUUGAGAUAGUUUAUUUUUAACAGUAUUAUCCUCUGCUCAGAAUUUGGGUUGUUGUGCUGAAUUUGUAUGUUGUUACAAGCAGGCAAGUGAGUUCUUUAAGAUAAGUGAACUAAAUUCAUAGUGAAUGUGCAAUGUGUGAAGAUGGGUCAUGAUUGAUACAAUAACGUAAGAAUAGCCUGCUGGAUCAGGCCAGUGGUGCAUCUUAGUACAGCAUCCUGUUCUCACAUUGGCCAACCAGAUUCCUGUGGAAAACCAGGGAGCAGAACCUGAGCACAAGGGCACUCUCCCCUCCAGUGAUUUCCAGCAACUGGUAUUCAGAAGCAUUGCUGCCUCCAACUGUGGAGGCAGAGCAUAGCCAUCAUGGCUAGUCACCGUUGAUAGCCCUCUCCUCCAUGAAUUUGUCUAAUCCUCUUUUAAAGUCAUUGAAGUUGUUGACCAUCACUGCCUACUGAGGGAGUGACUUCCAGAGUUUGGCUAUGCGGUAUGUGAAGAAGUAGUCAUACCUCGGGUUAAAGUAGCUUCGGGUUGAGCAUUUUCGGGUUGCGCUCCGCAGCGACCCAGAACUAACGGAACGUGUUACUUCUGGGUUUUGCUGCUCGCGCAUGCGCAGACGCUCAAAAUGACUUUACGCGCAUGCGUGGAAGCGCCGAAUCGCGACACGAACAGACACACAGACGCGGGUUGCGUUCGCUUCAGGUUGCAAACGGGGCUCCGGAACUGAUCCCGUUCGCAUCCAGAGGAACCACUGUACUUUCUUUUAUCUGUCCUGAAUCUCGCAACAGUCAGCUUCAUUGGAUGUCCAUGAAUUUGGUGAGAGAGGGAGAAAAACUUCUCUGUUUGUUUUACCAACAGCUGCUAGCAUGUGCACUAGGGGCACGACACACUUUUGAGCAAUUUCUAGUGGCAAGUGAUACAGGAAAUAUCCUUUGGCCUCAUUCUUGAUUUGUCACUUCCUUGAGCUUCCUUUUCAUCAGUUCAUUUCCUUUUUUAUACAUUUUCUUAAGCCUCGUUGUCUUCCAGCUUCUGUAUAUUAAGUAGCAGACCUUUAUUACCGAUAUAAAAAAGAUGCAGCAGCAGCUAUUAAAGGCUUUGGUAUUCAGAGUGUUAAGAUAAAGUACCUUAAAUAUUUUUGAAUCAGUGAAAUGUUGAUUCUACCAGUCAUCCUAGUAACUACUGUGGUAAAAGGUAAAGGACCCCUGGGCGGUUAAGUCCAGUCAAAGGCAACUAUGCGGUGCUCAUCUUGCUUUCAGGCCGAGGGAACCGGUGUUUGUCCACAGACAGCUUUUCGGGUCAAGUGGCCAGCAUGACUAAACCACUUCUGGCACAGUGAAACACCUUGAUGGAAGCCAGAGCUCACGAAAACGGCAUUUACCUUCUCUCGAUCUAAGCUAGAAACCAAAUUGUUGGACAGUAAAAGUAAAAUUUUGUCAAAAACGUAUAAUUUAUUAUUACAAUGGCACACAAAAGAUGAAGAAGUAAAAGAGGUAAUGAUAAAAUGGGUGAAAGAUUUUGGGUAUAAUAUCCAAUUUGUUUCAUGGUCAAAAUUAUGGAAUGAAGGAAUUAAAUUCAUGGCAUGUAUGGCAUUGAAAGAAGUUAUAAUGAAAAUGAUUUAUAGAUGGUAUUUAACUCCAACCAAACUAGCUAGAAUGUAUAAAAUGAGAGAAUUGUUGGAAAUGUAAUAUUAAAGAAGGAGACUUCUAUCAUAUGUGGUAGACUUGUGAUAAAUUAUUUUGGGGAAAGAUGUUUAGGUAUACUUUUGUUAAAAAACAAAAAACAAAGCUGAAGCAUUCUUGUUGGGUUUGAUUGGAGAGGAAAUAUCUAAAGUUGACCAGAGAUUGUUUAUGUAUGCCACUACGGCAACUAGAACUUUGUUAGUACAAAAGUGGAAACAGCAAGAAUUACUGAUGGUGGAAGAAUGGCAGACGAAGAUGAUGGACUAUGCAGAACUAGCAAAGCUGACAGGGAAAAUCUGAAACCAGAGUGACCAAGCAUUUCAGAGAGAAUGGAACAAAUUUAUUCAGUAUAUAGACAGUUACUGUAAACAUGUAAAGACACAGGCAGGACGGAGAUAAACCAUGCAGCGUAUAUUAGAAUAAAUUUUCUAUUUUCUUCAUCAAGUUUAUGAUAAGAUAGGACAAAUGUAGAAUUGUGAUGAUAUAAAUGUGUGAAAUUAAUAUGUGUUUUAUAAAAACCAGACGAUGGAACGGAGGGAAGUCGAGUAGCUCGGUGGAGCUAAAAAUGUAUAAAUGGAGAUAAGAUGUUACAAUAUUGUAAAAAAUCAAAAAUCAAGAAAACAUUUUUUUUAAAAAAAUGGUGCUUACCUUCCCACUGUAGCAGUACCUAUUUUUCUACUUGCACUGGCAUGCUUUCAAACUGCUAGGUUGGCAGGAGCUGGGACAGAGCUGACCUUCCGAUCACCAAGCUCAACAGGCUUGGUGGUUUAGCCCACAGUGCCAUCCAUACUUUUUUAACCUUUUUUAACUUUACCUACCUACUAGGCUGACAGGAUUUACUAAAACUGUUUUUCCCCGCAAAGAAAACAGUUCAACAAUGGAACGGAUUCCCUUAGAAGGUGGUGGACUCUCCGUCCUUGGAAAGUUUUAAAGCAGAGGUUGGAUGACCAUUUGUCAUAGAUGCUUUACUUGAGAUUCCUGCAUUGCAGGGGGUUGGAUUAGAUGACACUUGGGUACCCUUCCAACUCUACAAUUCUUUGAUUCUAAGAGAUGUUUGGUAUGAUCAGGUUUCUUACUCUCGGACCCUCCCAUCUUUGCUUGGCACACUAAAUACAAGCUGUUAACUGAGAUUACUAUUUGAACAAUUCAAACAAGAUUGGUUACUGUUAUGAAGCAAUCCCAAGAAUGCACAUCUGUGACCUAAAGCUCUGAAAAAGAUAGAAAGCAAGUAGCUUAUAUGUUGUAUUUUAUUAGAGCUAUGAUUUUAUGCAUGUUAAUUCUUCAUUCUUAGCCAAUCUAGGCUAUAUAUUAAUAUAAAGGCAGUCUUCUAGUUUGUGUUAUGAAACAUUUUGUUCAUUGAAAUUCACCAAAUGGAUUGCUAUGUUUGUUGGCAACAUUGCAGGAAGGAUUUACUUGUGCAAGAACCUGGGAUAUUGCGUGCUUCUAAACAUCUCAUUGGCCUUACCACUAAGUCAUUAUCUGAAAUUAUGGAGCAUCAAAAGGAGAACAGAAUAUUCUGUCCAGGAAUGCGAGCCAAUAAAAUCCUGAUAAGUGUAGUGCAUAUUAGCAUACAAAAUGUAACAAACUAGAAUGAAAGAGUGAUUAAGCCAAGCAAAAAUUACCGUAUUUUUCGCACUAUAGGACGCACUUUUUCCCCUCCAAAAAUGAAGGGGAAAUGUGUUUGCGUCCUAUGGUGCGAAUGCAGGCUUUCACUGAAGCCUGGAGAGCGAGAGGGGUCGGUGCACACCGACCCCUCUCGCUCUCCAGGCUUCAGGAGAGCCCCAGCGCCAGCCCCACAAGGUCGGGGGGACAGAGGGAGGCGGAACGCCGCCAUCCCGCUGUCUCCCGAAGUGGUUUGGAGGCUGACGGCGGGAGAAGAGCGCUUCUCCCGCUGCCUGCCCCAAGCUCCGGGGGCAGCAGGGAGACGCAGCGCGGCAUACCGCUGUACCCCGACCUGAAGUGAAGGCGGGCGGCGGGGAGAAGAGCGCUUCUCCCCGCUGCCUGCCCCAAGCUCCGGGGAGAGCAGGGAGGCGCAGCGCGUCUUCCCGCUGUCCCCGGACCUGAUGUGAAGGCGGGCGGCGGGAGAGAGCGCUUCCCCGCUGCCUGCCCCCAGCUCCGGGGACAGCAGGGAGACGCAGCGCGUCUUCCCGCUGUCCCCGGACUUGAUAUCAAGGCGGGCGGCGGGGAGAGCAGCGCUUCUCCCGCUGCCUGCCCCAGCUCCGGGGACAGCAGGGAGACGCAGCGCGUCUUCCCGCUGUCCCCGGACUUGAUGUCAAGGCGGGCGGCGGGGAGCAGCGCUUCUCCCGCUGCCUGCCCAAGCUCCGGGGACAGCAGGGAGACGCAGCGCGUCUCCGCUGUCCCGGACCUGAUGCAAGGCGGGCGGCGGGGAGCAGCGCUCCCCGCUGCCUGCCCAAGCUCCGGGGACAGCAGGGAGGCGCAGCGCGUCUUCCCGCUGUCCCGGACUCUGAUAUCAAGGCGGGCGGCGGGAGAGCAGCGCUUCUCCCCGCUGCCUGCCCCAGCUCCGGGGACAGCAGGGAGGCGCAGCGCGUCUUCCCGCGGUCCCCGGACAUGAUGUCAAGGCGGGCGGCGGGGAGAGCAGCGCUUCUCCCCGCUGCCUGCCCCGUAAGCUCCGGGGACAGCAGGGAGACGCAGCGCGUCUUCCCGCUGUCCCCGGACCUGAUGUGAAGGCGGGCGGCGGGGAGAGCAGCGCUUCUCCCCGCUGCCUGCCCCCAAGCUCCGGGGACAGCAGGGAGACGCAGCGCGUCUUCCCGCUGUCCCCGGACCUGAUGUGAAGGCGGGCGGCGGGGAGAGAGCAGCGCUUCUCCCGCUGCCUGCCCCUCAGCUCCGGGGACAGCAGGGAGACGCAGCGCGUCUUCCCGCUGUCCCCGGACCUGAUGUGAAGGCGGGCGGCGGGGAGAAGAGCGCUUCUCCCGCUGCCUGCCCCCAAGCUCCGGGGACAGCAGGAGGCGCAGCGCGUCUUCCCGCUGUCCCCGGACCUGAUGUCGAAGGCGGGCGGCGGGGAGAAGAGCGCUUCUCCCCGCUGCCUGCCCCCAAGCUCCGGGGACAGCAGGGAGACGCAGCGCGUCUUCCCGCUGUCCCCGGACUUGAUAUCAAGGCGGGCGGCGGGGAGAGCAGCGCUUCUCCCCGCUGCCUGCCCCCAAGCUCCAGGGACAGCAGGGAGACGCAGCGCGUCUUCCCGCUGUCCCCGGACCUGAUCUGAAGGCGGGCGGCGGGGAGAGGAGCGCUCUCCCGCUGCCUGCCCCCAAGCUCCGGGGACAGCAGGGAGACGCAGCGCGUCUUCCCGCUGUCCCCGGACUUGAUAUCAAGGCGGGCGGCGGGGAGAGCAGCGCUCCCCGCUGCCGGCCCCACAAGCGCCUGGGGGGGAAAUAUUUUUUUUUCCAUUAUUUCCCCCCAAAAAAACUUGAUGCGUCCUAUGGACCGGUGCGUCCAAUGGUGCGAAAAAUACGGUAAGCCAUUUAGCAUUUAUCUUAAGGCCUUUACACAGUCCUUGUUUUGUGAAGGUCUGGUGAGGAAGAUGUACUAGCUACCAAAUUAUGAAAUAUUGGAGCCAUCAAUGAGAAGUACGUGUUGUUCUUCCACACCAAGCUAAUCUUAUUAGCAUAUGUUCUCUUAGUAGAAGUGUCCUCUUGAUCUUGAUGAGAGAGCUCUGGUGCAAUGGUUAUGUAUGGUAUACUCCCCAAACCAGUAUCUUGAGUUUUGCCCGGUAGCCGGUGCCAUUGGUAGUGGACCAGCCUAUUAUUCUUUCUAUUGUUGCAUCAGUUGCUGUAUUUUCUAUCAGCUGCAGCUUCCAAGGGGUUAUGAAGGGCAGCGGGUGUAAGGCAAUUUAUAGCAGUCUAUCCUAGCAAGUAGGGACGCGGGUGGCGCUGUGGGUUAAACCACAGAGCCUAGGACUUGCCAAUCAGAAGGUUGGCGGUUUGAAUCCCAGCGACGGGGUGAGCUCCCGUUGCUCGGUCCCUGCUCCUGCCAACCUAGCAGUUCGAAAGCAUGUCAAAGUGCAAGUAGAUAAAUAGGUACCACUCUGGCAGGAAGGUAAUCGGCGUUUCCGUGCGCUGCUCUGGUUCACCAGAAGCGGCUUAGUCAUUCUGGCCACAUGACCCAGAAGCUGUACCCCAGCUCCCUUGGCCAAUAAAGGGAGAUGCAAUAAAGGGAGCAAAGCAACCCCAGAGUCGGCCACAACUGGACCUAAUGGUCAAGGGUCCCUUUACCUUUACCUGUCCUAGCAAGUUACAGGGUUAAGGCGAUUAGCAGAUUAUUUCCCAGCUCCACUGAAUGCUGUAGUCCAGGGAUCUCCAACAGGUAGAUCGCAAUCGACUGGUAGAUCGCAGGGUGCCUGUGGUGCCUGUCCCCCCACCCAAAAAAUAGAAAAGAAAAAAAGGUCAACAACUAUGACUUCCAAAAAAAAGCUCUGCCAGUUUUUUUUUAUAGUGGGAGUGGAGUAGAUCUCAGUCUCUUGAAAGCUGGACAUGCCCGCUGUAGUCUGAACUAAAUGAAGAUGUGAAGUAUAUCUCUGUCUACUUUUGGUGGUUCAGGCAGCAGUCGAUACCUCCUGCUUCCUUUUCCACUUCAGUACUUAAUAUGGCUGGGUGAUAUUUGCUUUUCAACAUUGUGAUGUAUCACCAUCCAAACAUUGUGAUGUAGUGAUACAUCAUGAUGUUGAAAAGUGGAGGGAGGUACAGUGCCAAGACCGAUGCAACUUGUUCCUCCCUCCGCUCACCAGGCACUGUAGGUGGAGAAGGGCCUCGGGAGCGGUGGCAGUUUCACUCUUGAUACAGGGGUACCUUGGGUUAAGAACUUAAUUCGUUCUGGAAGGUCCGUUCUUAAUCUGAAACUGUUCUUAACCUGAGGUACCACUUUAGCUAAUGGGGCUGCCUGCUGCCGUCACGCCACCACCGCACGAUUUCUCUUCUCAUCCUGAAGCAAAGUUCUUAACCCGAGGUACUAUUUCUGGGUUAGCGGAGUCUGUAACCUGAAGUGUCUGUAACCUGAAGCGUCUGUAACCUGAGGUACCACUGUAUACCGCUGGGUGAAUUUGCCAUUGCACUCUGGCCCUCAGACCGGUUCUGGCCUAUGUAUCAAUGCAUCACCCAGACCCUAGUGCCUAACCAAUUCUGAAAACAGUUGGAACCAUAAGACUUCAAAUACGGAUUAUCUUAAUUUAUGCCUGGGCUGUAAGCUUUAUUUAUGGCACCAUUAUUAUUUAAUGGACUGGCCACGGAGAGGACAGUAGCACCACUGUACACCCAGGCCCUGCUGUCCAAACACUCAUUAUACAACAAUUCACUUAUCCAAACACAAGGAAUUGGUACCAAAAGCUCGCUAUACACACUGCAGAUUCAGAUAUCCAAACAGCCCAACAGAUUUAAAAACACUUAGGUCAGAGUCUACUAGUUUGAGGGCCUACCUGGUGUUUUACAUCAAUCUCUAAUCUUGAGGAGUAACAAUAUCCAGGGGCCAAAUGUUCUGGGAGGUUGCAUUACAUCAAUACCUAAAAAUUGUACGUAACCUAAAAAUCUCAUGCAGAUGAGAAGGUGCUGCAUGGCAGGAAUUCUACAAACCCAUUCAGAUGUUGUGCACUCAUCAUUCUUCAGAAGCUGGGUACCCUGUACAAACCCUGGGGAGCUGUAGAAAAAGCUCUGGGUAAAAAAAAUAUUGUUUUGUUUUUUAAAUUGAUACAAUAUUUAUAGUGUUUGAGAGCAACACAGGCCAAGAUUGCAGUCAACGUGGGCAGUCCAAAAUGUGAUUGUUGUAGGUUGGCAGGGGUUUUCAUGGGGCUUCAGAGAAGGCUGUAGAGAGCAAGACAUGGUGCUGGUUGUGUACACUGGUAAAGUUCAAUCUGAAACUUUUAAGGAAUUGACUAAUCCUGCCUUGCUAACAGCUCUCUUUUCCUUGUAGCUCCCGCAUAUCGCUCAGAAUGGAGGCUUGUAUAAAAGACCUUUCAAUGAAGCUUUUGAGGAAACACCAAUGCUGGUUGCUGUACUGACUUAUGUAGGCUAUGGUGUCCUCACCCUUUUCGGGUAUCUUCGAGACUUUCUGAGGCAUUGGAAAAUCGAGCACUGUCAUAAUGCAACAGAAAGAGAAGAACAAAAGGUAAAUGCUUGUUAUUACCUUUGCUUCAGAGACAAGGUGGGGUUGAACGAGUUUGUGGUGAAGGAGAUGUAGCUAGUCUUUUGUAACUAUGUGUUUGGCUUAGACUGCAUUUGGACAUAGGGCCAAGCCAUAGUUUGUGCUAAUUGUAAUUUAGCUGAAAUCCUGGCUGUGUCCCAGAAUAUCAGCUAAAUCAUGGUUUGUGAGGGUUUUCUAUUCCUCUUUCCUUAAUACUGCCCAUGGUAUUCUAAGCUAUCCUGCAUUGGCGAACUAUCAGCAAAAUGUUGCCCCAUGAGCUGCUCUCUUACUAUUGGCAAGCAGCUGAAGUGGAGCAGGGAGACGAAUACUUUCUUCCGUGGGCUGAUCUCAGCACAGCUGAAAAUAAAGUGUGUUCUUGUGUGCAAUUCCCUUGCCCUUUUGCAAGGUUGUCUAAGAUACCUUUCUUUUUUCCUCUUUCCCACCAUUUCCAGGGUUAAUCAAUCUUACUGAUGAUGAUUUCAUUAGUUAUUUUAAUGUAAAUGGCAAGUAGCUGCAAGGUACGUAGGUACCCCAAAUGUUACCAAAGUAUGACACUUGAGGCGAAGAUACUUACAAAUCUCUCUCACACCUUGCAAGUAAGCAUUAACUAGCAUUAUGUACGUGGUUGACUGUUCCCCUUUCCUAUUCAAGCCCUCUUACUUAAAAGCUAUUGAUUAUUAUUUUUUAACAAAGAAAGGCAAAUCUCUAGGCACCCACUCAGUCACAGCUUAAACCUUCUUAGAAAACAUUUUUCAGUCUAGCAUCACACAGCAUUAAGACCUGUGUGACGUUCCUGUUUCCAGGUUUACUCCUACGGUGCACAAAUUACACCACCUCUUCCUUUGGUAGGUCUUUCCAUUGCUCCCUUUCAAGCCCAAUAUCUUUUUCAACAUAGGUCUCUUUCACAAAAGUGGGAGAAAUGUAGCAACAUUUUUAUUUUGAAUUGUUUUGCAUCUAUAUUGCUCCCCAGCUAAGGGACUGCACAUAAAAGUUUUCUCAAAAACGUAAGGUGCUUGUUUUUAAAAACAAAACAAAACUAAGGGGCCUGCAACCAAAAAUGUUUAGUGGUUUUCAGACGUUAUAGAACAAAUUGUUUUUCAGAGAACUUACUUUCAAUUAUUAGAACCAGAAGCAGCAAUUUUACUCUAUUGCAAAAAAUAUAUUUGUAUCCACAUAACUGAAAAUUGUUUUUUGCCUAAUAGUGUAGUGCUUCUAAACAUUUUUUAAAGCGAGCUUAAACUUUUAACGACUACUUCCUUUCUGAGUCUGGCGGGCUUUCGUCAUGCUGAACCUGAAGUACAGUGGAAGGUUGAUUUAUAUUCCACCAGUGGAACUUGGUAUGGUACAGGUUUUGGCUAACAGGGAUGCAGCCCUUGAAUUGUCACUUCUAGGCAAAUCAUCUAGAGCAGGCAUCCCCAAACUCGGCCCUCCAACUGUUUUGGGACUACAGCUCCCAUCAUUCCUGACCACUGGUCCUGUUAUCUAGGGAUGAUGGGAGUUGUAGUCCCAAAACAGCUGGAGGGCCGAGUUUGGGGGUGCCUAAUCUAGAGUGUUCCCUUCAAUUUGAAUUUAUGUCAGAAUAGCACAGUUAGGUACUGGCAGCAUUUGUUGCCUCAGGGGCAGUGUGUGUGGUAUGGGUAAACGGGGGUUGGGGGUGGGGAGGAUGUUUCCUGAUUAUUGAUACCAAAAUGUUCAGGCAGCCUGGUCUAGUUCCACUGCCUCCGAGUAUGCUCAGAAGUGGCUUCUCUUACUGAUUGCCAAAGGCAGCAGGUGGAGUUGAGAGUGCAUAUUUCAUGCCUUUAUUAGCUUUCUUCAUGUCCCAAUCAGCGGACAUGUAGUUAUCUGCACAUCUUAGAUUCUUAUUGGGAGACUUAAUUGAAGAGGUUUAAAUAGGAUUGGGACAAAAUAUAAUUAGGUUUAGCUUGGAUGUGCAGAGGAGUUUAUAUAACAAGUAACCACAGAAGGGGGGGGAGGGGUUGAUAUUAAUAUUGGGUAUGUGAAAUUUGUUGUAUAAAAUGAUGUUUUGAUUAUGUAAAAUUAGAAAAUGGAAAAAUAAAAUAUUAUAAAAGGCUGAGAGGUGUAUGGGUUGUCUUAGGGAUUUGUUUUUGUUUUUGCAGAGUAGGACACAACAGAUAGGAGAUCAUUCAACAGUAAAUGGUGCCUUGAAGAGUGCUGUGUUAUGAGCUUCUUGUUACCAAAGGUUAUUAAAAGAUUCUUAUUGUGAUAUUGUCUGCCUAGGUAUGUUAGGGAGAGGCAGACUAAGGGCUUAUGUUGUGAAAAUGCCUGUGAAACAUGUUUUGUUGCUGGUGAAAUGUUAUCAUCCUCCAUGCUCUGUAGUCUGGCAGACUUCAAGGGCAGAAUGUGCCAAACCACAGUUGGUGCAAACUGACUUUGCAAGACAGCUUCCAACUUUGAUUUCGGACCUUGGUUUGUUGGCCUUUCCUCAAACAUCUUACAAUGUAUGGAUUGGCUCUGCUUCUGAAUGUUACAGUAUCUUGGUAAUAUGAGGGAUUUACUUGAAAUUUUAGUGUAGUGGGCAGAAGGUUUGGGCAUAUCCAGACAGUUGUGGGAAAUCGUCCAAAGAUGCUCUAAGUUACUGUCUGUCAUUUACCUUAAGUUUACUAAUUUUAUACCUUGGGUAGGCCUUGGAACAAGGCUUCGUAGAUACAGGGGUUUAAUUUCAUUGCAGUAGUGUACUCUCUAAAACAGUGAGGUCUGCAUUUUCAGAAUGAACUUCGGUGACUUAAAGGUUUUCUGGCUACUAAAGGUAAAAUAAAGUGGUUGAGUUGAAAGAAUGCAGCUUGCUAGCAGAUUACUCAGGUGACUCAUACAGCAGAUUUCUUCAGCCAUGCUCUGCUUCCCUGAAUCCUGCCUGAUUGCUCUUACUGAGAAAUAACUACUACUAGGGAUGUGGUUUGGUUUUCCUCAUGUUUCUGCCAAAGGAAAGAAGUUAGCAUAUCAUCAAAACCAGGGCAGCCUUGCAUUUCUAAAAGCCUCACUUAAGGGGUGUGGAGGCCUUUUGGGUUGGAGGUGUUAGUUUCUGUUCUUAUCACUGUGCAGCUGCUUGGAGUCACAGGACUCUGUUUACAUUCCAGGGAUUCCAGGCUAUUGGAAGUCUCACGGGAGAGAAGACGGGAUGUGAUGUUAGUGGUUUCCUGUUUCCUUUGUUCUGUUGCUCUCUGCUUUCAUAGAGAGAGGAUGUCUUUUCUGUCUGCGUAGCUUAGAAAUAAAACUCUUUGCAAUGUAGCCAUAAAUCUCAUCACUUCCACAUGCUGCUGGAAACUCUGCUUAAUGGAAUGUGCCUGAGGCCUCAUCUAAGGCUCAGGUCGUUAAUUAUUCAUCAGAGGUGAUUCCGAAGGCUCAGCCGGAGGAAAAUGAGACUUUAUCAGCUUGGCUGAGCGGAAAUGCUGACAUUUGUGGUCAUGGGCCCAGACGAACAGCAGAAGAACGGAAUGCAGGUUAUCUUCUCUGCGUGUCAAGAAGAUUGAUGAGAGGUAUGUGCUCUUGCCCCGGGAAGCCUGCCAGUCCCUGGUUAAGGGUGGACUUUGAACUUCUAGCCAAAGCACUUACCGGCAGCAGCAGAAGAAAACAAAGGCCUCACGUGUGCUUUUGGAAUGCAGCUGGUAAAUAGACGCAGCUUGCUUUAACUGACACUGGAGGCUAAUGCCAGAAUAAUGGAGCCCCUUCGAAAUGCCAUGGCAGUUCCAAAGCUCAAAAAAAAAAUGUUAUCAAAACUGGGUGCAGUAUGCAGAGGCUCUGCUAAGAAAAGAGGGUCUGUUUAAUGUGAUAUCAGAUGCCCCCCCAAGCUCCAAUGACCGAAGAAUGGGAGGCUAAGGAUUCCAAAGCAAGGGGAACUCUGACGCUUAUUGUGUCCCCUGAAGAGCUGUGUCUUUUGCGUGACAAGGCCUCAGCCAGAGAGAUGUGGGAGAGUCUCCAAGAGUCACAUUUAAGAACAGAGGCGGGAGCUUCUUUGUUCUUUUAUGCCAAGUUGCAUGAUAUGGCACUUGUUGAUGUAGCAGACGUACGUGCUCACCUCAUGGAAAUGCAGAAUCUAAGGCAUGAGUUGCAACAGUGUGGAAUCACCUUUCCAUAGGCUGUGUAUUCCUUCAUGAUUCUACAUUCUUUGGGUUCAAGUUGGGAAGCGAUUGCCAGCCAGCUUGCUGUUUUGCCAACUGCUCAGCUAACGGUAGCGCAUGUUACUGCUGUGGUGUUAAAUGAAGCGGAUUGGCGUAGUGCUAGCUGCAUCACCAAGGGGCAGUCCUCACAGACGUCAUCCCAGAAUGCAGUGGAACCACUAGAUGGCGCCAAAGCUUUGAAGGCAGUGAAAUGCUACUCGUGUGGACGUCUAGGCCAUGUGAAGAGGGAAUGUAAAUAUCCCAAGGCCAAGGCAACAGAGCAGCACAGUGAAAGCUCAACGCGUGGAAAAGGCAAAGGUCAGAAGUGCAGGACAACGCAACACAAGGCAAUGGUCUCACACUUCACUCCAAAGGUCCAGAAGAUGUCUAGAUGUAGCUUCAUCAUCGACUCGGGAGCUACCAGGCAUGUUUGUUGGGACAAACACCUGUUCGUGUCCUUUACUCCGCAGGAAGGUUCGAUUCACCAAGCGGAUGACCACACAAUCUCCAGUCAAGGCUAUGGAACGGUUGUUCUUCACAGCUUGGUUGCAUCGAUACACAACACUUUUUUCGUUCCAGAUGCUGCACACAACCUACUGAGCGUCUCGCAGCUGACUGAACAGGACAUAGACGUUUCCUUCAAGAAGAGGAAGUGUACCAUCACCAAGAAAGAUGACUUUGUAUUGCAUGCUGGUUAUGUUGAUCAUUUGUAUUGCAUUAUGAUGAUUCUGUUGAUGUUGUGCAGGAUGAAACUUGUUGUAUUGCAGAUACUAACAAGGUUUUGCAUGCAGGAUGUAUUCAUGAUUAUCACAGGAAACUUGGCCAUUUAAACUUUGAGGCAGUUUCCAAAAUGCCUACCUUAGUUGAAGGUAUUAAACCCUGCAGGUACCACAUGAAGUGUAAGGCAUGCGCAGCAAACAAAAGUCAAAAUGGCUGCAAAAGGUAAGGUGUCCAGUAGACAAGCUACAGAACCAUACCAGGUAGUGCAUGCUGAUCUUGUUGGUCCACUAACACCCUCUUUGGGUGGAGCCAGGUACUUCAUGGUCCUCAUUCAUAUUCCAGGUAUAUUCAUGUGUUCAAUCUCAAGCAGAAAUCAGAAGCUUUUCCUAGGUUCAAGGAAUUCUGUGCUUGGUUGAAAAAUGUGCAUGAUAAACAGGUGGAAUGUGUAUUUACAGAUCGAGGGGGAGAAUUCACUUCUCAGCAGUUUGAAGCUUUUCUGACUGAGAAAGGAAUUCAACAUGACCUUUCAAGUCCACGGUCUCCUUGGAUGAAUGGACUUUGUGAAAGGGCAAAUCAAACAUUGCUUCAAGGCUUGAAAACCUUGCUGCAUUAUGCCAAUCUUCCAGAGAGUUAUUGUGCAGAAUCGCUCAGCUGUAUUGUUUAUACUUAUAAUCGCAGAUUCUCAUCACUGAUUGGUUGUACCUCCUAUGAAAAGAUGUUUGGCAAGAAACCAUUCAUCAAGCACAUGAGAAUUUUUUUUUUUUUUUAAUAAUAAUUAUUGAUAAUUUCAGGAUUACAAGAAAAAUAAAAAAUAAAAAACAGCACUACAAUACAAAAAAAGAAAAAAGCACAAAAUAUAAAAACCAAUACGACAAUACAGCAAAAGAAAAUAAAAAAGAAGAAAAAAGGGGGAAAAAACCACAAAUCCCAAAUUGAAUAUCCAUAAUUUCCAUUUGCUUGUUUCAUUGACCUCCUCACACCUCCCUUUUUGUAUUCUAGUUUAGUAAUUAUUUCAGCAAAUUCUUUCCAUCUUUCUCAAUUUUUGUUAUAAAAUUUAUUUUAACAAUUUAACCUAAUAAUUAACUCAACAAGUCCUUUCCAUCUUUCCCCAUAUUCUGUUAUUCAAAUUACCUUAAUUUAUUUAACCUUAUCUUACCCCUAAAUACCUUAAGACUUAAAUCUUAGUUUUCAAAUAUACAUAGGUCCUGAUAUCAUUUCUGCUAGAGUCGUAUAGUUUCAUUCCCACAUUUUCCCUAAUAUUCAUUAAGCUGAUUCUAAAAUAAAAAAUUCCCAUUAUAAAUUCUCUUCCAAUCAUCAUCCAGCGUCUCUUCUUCCUGGUCUCGGGUCGUGUCAGUCCUUACUGUCCAUUCCAUCUAGUCCAUCAACCUGGAAGCCUUACGUCCGAGGCCCUUAAGUCUCUUCCAUGUCCCUUCUGCAAUUCUUCUUCAUCUUGUUUGUGCUUGCCCUUUUCCUUGUCUUUUGUUGGUCUCUGUCUUAGUUUCUUUCCUUUCUCAUUGAGGAGUAGGUCUCUGGGGGAUUCCAACCCAAAAUUAUCUCCAUCACCCUUCAUCCAGCUCACCCAUUCCCCACAGUCCCACUCCCCACAGUCCUUGAUAUAAUCCAAAAUGUAUUUAAAAUCAAAUUUCAAGAUCUCUCCAAAGCUAGGAACCUCCUCAUCUCCAGACUCCCCUUGGCCCACUCCAACUUCAAUCUUCAAUAGCAGCGGCUUAUGCUCCUGUAGGGCCUCGGGUCUCUCCAUUUGUACUAUUUGAGGUGCAGCCGCAUCCUCCUCCAUUGUCAUCUGCACUUGCCCAGUCAGUACAGAUUCAUAGGUUGGUUCCUGAAUAAUUUCUGUAUCAAUGUUCCCUGUUUGUCCACAGUUAUUAAUCACAACAGUCAAAUCCAUUUUCUCAUUCAUCAAGUCCAUCUUCUCAUGCAUCUGUUCCAGCAAAGCAUUUGUCUUGUAUAAAGCAAGCACCCAGUUUUCCUCCCAGCUCAUCUUUCUUCAAGGUCAGAAAAGACUUCCCACGGUCUUAAUCUCACAGAUGUUGGGUCUCAAAUAUACUACAGCAACAAUUUAGCAAGCUCCCUGUAGAGGAGACAAUCUAUUUGUAUCCAUUUUUUUUUUUUAAGACAAAGAAAAGUUACUUUCAUUUUUCAGAUAUUUCAGAUGUUUUUCAGGUAUUUUGUUUCUUUAAAAUGCAAAAGGCAACAUUAGAAUCCACUUGUUUCUCUUCAUUAGCUAUCUGUCAAAGUAUUACGUUCACAGUCAAUGCAGUCAAUGAACCUCUCCAACAGUUUCUGUCUCUGACACCCCGUUCCCAGGUUAGAGACGGUGGAAGCUUAUCCUUCUUCACUCCCUCUCCUGCUAGAGUUAAACAGAGUUCCCGCCCCCCUUUUCUCCUGCUUCCAAGGGGGGUUUCAGUGAUUCUGAAUGAAGGAAAUUUAGUCUUUUUUGACAGCUUCCCGGCUUUAGCUUGCAAAAUUUUUGCUUUAGUCUAUAUACAAAAAGCGGAAGGCGGACUUCCUGUUUGCACCUUCCCGCUUCGAUACCAAAUUAAACAAUUUCUUGAUCCAAUUUUCCGUUUCUACUCAUGGGUACUUGUUUUAAGUCCAAUUGUCCACAGGAAAAAGUCAGCGCUCUCUGGCAAUGGCUGUGCGGCUUCACUCCGUGAAAGUAGCAGUCAGUUCGUAGCACCGCGCUUCUCACCCCACUUCGCUCCGGAACCCCUAGAUAGGAUUCCCCGCGAGUAGGGGGGGCACUUCUGGUGCCCUGCCGAACCCCACGUUCCCAGGCUUCCUCCGCCUGGGAUUUCUAGCGGGUCCCCACCUUUGCCGCAGCGGGAAGACCCAGUUUCCACGGAGCCCGUUCCUCCGGUCGGAGGAACUCCGCCAUUCACCAAUGGCGCUGACCUGGAAGUCCUUCAAGCACAUGAGAAUUUUUGGUUCUGACAUGUGGGUUCACACACCACAAAGCUCCAAGUUAGGCAAACGUGGUUUGCAUGGUAUCUUUCUAGGAUAUCAGAAAGAUUCUUACAGAGUAAUGAUGACUGACACUAAUACAGUUAGGCUCACUAGAAGUGUUGAAUGCAAUGCCAAGUGGGGGGAGAAUGUGGGAAUUUUCCAAUGUUAUCCUGAUGACAGUGAAGAGACUGAGGAUAAGCAGCAGCAAAACCCCACACCCACUGAUGAAGGUUCUGAAUCUGAAACUGACUCAGAUGGUUCAGAGGAUUUCAAGAGUGCUAAGGCCUCUCUGCGACCCUCUGAAGGCUCUGAUUGAGAAUUGGAGGAACCACUGUUCACUAUAGGCCACCUUUCUCCUAAGAAAGAAGAGGAGAGUGUUGAAGACUUACAUCUGAUUCGCAGGUCUGAAAGAGCCACAAAAGGUAGACCUCCAAAGAGAUUUGCUGAUGAAUUUGCUAAAGCAGCAAAAGCUGUAACUGCUGUUGAUAGCUCCAAGAAGGUAUUUGAACCUUCAAGUUUCCAAGAGAUCCAGGCUUUGGACUCGAAGGAUGCUGAGCCAUGGUUAACUGCCAUGAAGGCUGAGCUUGAUUCCUUGGAGAGGAACAAAACAUGGGAGCUAGUUCCAGUAGUCCCAGGGAUGAAACUGUUUGACAGCAAAUGGGUCUUCAAAGCAAAGACAGAUCAAAAUGGCAAGAUAGUCGGACACAAAGCCAGAUUGGUAGCCAGAGGUUUUUCACAGGUACCAGGAGAAGACUGUCACGAGACCUACUCACUCACCGUGAGAUAUGAGAGCAUUAGGCUUAUGCUCAAACUUGUUGCAGAAGAGAAUGUACACGUUUCUCAUCAUGAUGUGAAUACAGCAUUUUUGUACGGAACCUUAGAUGAAUCACUUUAUAUGCUUCCACCUGAUGGCGUACAGGUAAAACAGGGAUUUGUUUGUUCUCUGAAGAAGUCCCUAUAUUUUCUCAAACAAAGUGUACGAUGCUGGCACUCUAAACUCACUGAAGUGUUGUUUUCUCUAGGUUUUCAGCAAGGUAAAGCUGAUCCAUGUAUAUUUGUCAAAGAGGAAGGGCAAAAGAAGCUGUAUUGCUUGUUUUAUGUUGAUGAUAUACUUUUCUUUUGGAAGAUGUUAAAAUGUACAAUAGCGCCCUAGCUCAACUGAAGGAGCACUUUGACAUGAAAGAUCUUGGUUAGGUAACCAACUACCUAUCUCUGGAAAUAGAGAGAGACCAAGAUGGUAAUAUUUUAGCACACCAGUCACAGAAAAUUGCUGAUGUGUUAACCAAACUAAACCUGAUGGAUGCUAACCCUGUGGACACACCAAUGACAACAGGUUAUCAGGUAGAUGAUACUGAAGAAGCAUUUUCUGACACGAUACUGUACAGAAGUGUGCUAGGCAAACUAAACUUCAUUGUCAGAUGUUCAAGACUGGACAUUGCAGUUAGCUGUAACUUGCUAAGCAGAUAAGUCAACAAUCCUAUUGUUAAGGAUUGGAAAGAUCUGAAACGCAUAGCACGCUAUUUGAGAGGCACUAUGCACUACAGACUGAGAUUUAACAAUCAGAAGUCUGGCGGUCUUGAAAUAUUUGCUGAUGCGAGUUUUGGAAGUGACACUACAGACAGGAAAAGUACGUCUGGAGUUUGCUACAUGUACAAUCAGGGUCUAUUUGAUUGGUUGUGCAAGAAGCAAACAACAGUAAGCUUAAGUUCUUGUGAAGCUGAACAAUCCACUUGUGGAUUGUGAUUGGUUGUUACAAUUGUGUAAAGACAUGAGAAUUCCUGUCAAAUGUCCAAUCCAGGUUUAUCAGGACAACAAAGCAUGUUUGGCUUUGCUGACUUCUGAAGGUUGUAAGCAAAGCACGAAGCACUUGCAAUUGAAGCUGCAACAUGCUAGAGAAUGUGUUCAGAAAGGACUCAUAAUGGUGUCCUACAUGCCAGGUAACGAAAUUCCUGUUGAUUUAUUGUCCAAGGUUGUUCCGAAGGAUCAACACUGUUCCUAUGUACAGAAACUGGGUUUGUACUGAGAUUGUACUGACAUGCUGCCCAGCGGUGUUCACAGAAAGGGGGAGGAUGUUAGUUUUUGUUUCUCACUGAGCAGCUGCUUGGAGUCACAAGACUGUGUUUACAGAGACAGUCCAGGCUAUUGGAAGUCUCACGGGAGACUAGAGAUGGAUGUGACAUUACUGGUUUCCUGUUUCCUUUGUUCUGUUGCUCUCUGCUUUCAUAGAGGAUGUCUUUUCUGUCUGCAUAGCUUAGAAAUAAAACUCUUUGCAAUGUAGCCAUAAAUCUCAUCACUUCUGCAUGCUGCUGGAAACUCUGCUUAAUGGAAUGUGCCUGAGGCCUCAUCAAAGGUUCAGGUCGUUAAUUAUUUGUCAGAGGUGAUUCCGAAGACUCAGCCGGAGGAAAACAAGACUUUAUCAGCUUGGCCGAGCGGAAAUGCCGACAGGAGGGUGGGGGGCCUCAUACGCAUAUGAGAUUAGUAUGUACACUCUAUGAAAGAAGGCAACAGAACACAUUGACUAGUACUAGAAAGCAGCUUUGAAGUACUGGGUGGCUGCAUUAAAAAAAAAAUCCUUAGCAGAUAUUUAAAAGAAAUUUACAGACACUUGUGCUUCUAUAAACAUACAACUAGAAAAUGUAUUAUAGGUUGCUUAAAGUAUUAAUUUGUUUGUGAUCCUUUGAAAGAGGCCUUUUUAUAUCUGGCAUGUAUUUGACUCGAGUACAAAACCACUGGAAGCUUAUAAAUUGAUAGGAUUGUGUUAAAUAGCUGAGAAACUGCAGGCCAUCUUUUUCAUUACAUAGAUAGGCCUAGUGGACGGAGGGAAACACUCAAGUUACCAAUAAAGCUGGCUUGUGGGUAAUAGUCUUUAGCCUUUUCAAGCACUUGUCUACCUAACAGCCAUAGUAGUUAAUGAAUCAGCAUCUUAGUAGAACUAGGUGCAUGCAUUGUUCAGAGGGCGUGGAGCAGGAGGGUAACUGCCAUAUAUAAUGCACAAAAUCUCUUUGCUUUCAGGAUUACUAUCCCAUGCACACACUUUCAUCAUGGUGGCAUAGCUAUCCUGUUGUUGGUUCCCAUAGGUUCUAGGUUUCCAUAGCUGCAGUAAUGUGAGACUAGUUAUACGUGAGGGAAGGGCAUAUUGAGGGAAUCUGACCAUUUUUGCUUUUAACAAUUUGCUUAUCCCUGGGUCCAGUAGAAAACCCACAGGAAUGGGGAAUCAUGUAUUUCACAGUGCUUAACAUCUGAAGUUAAUUUCUCACCCAACCCAGUCCUGUUGUUCUUUUCCACAUAGCAAAGCAGACUUUUUCAGUUUUUCAUAGAUGGUCAUGUUUCAAAUGUAAGUGUUGGCUUAUCCGCUUCAUCUUGUUUAACACAACAAAUACAGAUAUCCUUUUAAAGCACAUCAUUUUUUUUAAAGGAAAACUUGCAGUUGGUGUGGGUUUUCUAAGCAGAAAAUUAAAACCUUAAAAAAAAAAGAUCUAUUCUGGGAGCAGCAGAAGGUAACGGUCUUCUCCCCCACUUCUUAGUUCUGUAACUAGUUAUUAUAAUAAGUCUGUAAACAUAUUGGAGUCCUAUGCUGCCUGUGAUCACUGAAAAAAGAAGAGCAGAAUUACAGGCCCUGGAGUGCUGCAAACCCAGACAUUUAUAGUUUUACAUUUUGUUAGGGACAGAGAACUUGUUUGGAGUCCUUUCAGUGGGUAUAUCUUUGUGGUUUCUAGGUUCAGUGCCAUUGGAUAUCUUCACUGUCCUGAGCACUUGGUGAUAUUCAGAGAGGAAAACAUGCAAUAGCACCAAGCAAAAUGGGUUUAACACCACUUUUCCUGUAAUUUGUGGGUGGGGGACGGAGGUUGGAAAGUUAGUCCUCACCUAUCCCAUUGUUUUAAUGCCCUUUUCAUAUGUUUUCAGGAUUUUGUCCCUUUGUACCAGGAUUUUGAAAACUUCUAUACAAGGAACCUCUACAUGCGCAUUAGGGAUAGCUGGAGCAGACCACUCUGCAGUGUACCGGGAGCCAAAGUAGACAUAUUAGAGCGGGUUUCCCAUGACUACAAUUGGACAUUCAAGUGAGUAAAAGGCUUUUGGAAAGCUCCUGCGCAACUAACCUUUAGAGCAGGGGGGCGGAGAACCUGUGGCCCUCCAGAUGUUGCUGAAAUAAAAGUACAAGUAAGUCAGGGGUCCAAAACAGUUUCAGGGUCAAAGAUUCUCCACCCCUGUUUUAGAAGAUAAUUAGUGAGGGUUUGUGAAAUGGGUUGUGGAAGAUGGACCGCAGCCUCUGUAGCAAGGAUAAGAACUCCACUAUUCCCUGUUGCUUAACUCGGUGCCAGACUUUCAAGAUUGCCGUGCCACAGAUCCCAGUUCACCUAUACUUGGAUCCUACAAAACAGCCCAUGAGGGCUGACUGUUUUAAGGCCUGUAUAGAAAAACCAUAUAGAUUAGGGGUGACCAACAUUUGCGUCAUGUCUUGUGCACGUUACAUUACUUUUGCGUUUCACUUUGCCUUCAAGUGGGUUUGCCUCUAGUCCACUGAGAUGAGCAGCAUUGUAGUACUGAAGAGGAAGGCAGAAAUGGAUGCCAUAGCCACAUCGGUUGAUUCCUGAGCUCUGUUCUGUUUGUGCCCAAGCUCAUUUCUGCAUUGCAUGCCAUGGGGUUUUGUGCUCAGUAGAGUCUUCAGUCUUAUACAUGUUUGUGAAAACUUAUGCCAGAAACCCUUUGCUUUGGAAAAAGGGCAGUAUGUAUCUCAGUCCCGUCUUCUGUGCGCUGGAUCUUUUUGUAGGGUGUUCAGCGGUAUCCCCCUUGGGCAAGACGAAUACAAUAGCAGCCGAAAGGAAAACCUACCAUACUUUCUGUGUUUGAGAUAAACUAAGUAUGUCCAGAUUUCCACUGACUUAAUUGGAAUUGAAAUGAAUUGGAAGUUCAUGGGAUAGCAUGUCAGUUAUCUCUGGUCUUUAAUUUGGUUUAUAUAUUUAUAUUAUAUAUAUAUUUAUAUCCCACCUCUCCUCCAAGGAGCUCAAGUACAUAGUCCCCCCCCCCCAUGUUAUCUUUACAGCAGUCCUGUGAGUUAGGUCAGACUGAGUGACGAUGACUGGCCCAAGGUCACCCACUGGCCAAGUGGGGAUUUGAGUGGUGGUCUCCCAGGUCCUAGUGACCUUUAAUAAAGUGAAGAAAAUUGGCAGGGCUGUUUAGAAGCAUGCUCAGGAAAUGAUAGCUAAAGAGUUCUGCUUUAGAACAGAGCUAAUUGAGCAGAGUUAACACCCAUUGUUAUUGUCAGGUUCAUAAUUCAAGGGGGUAUGGUUAACACACUUCUAGAAGAGAAUAGCUUUAGUCCUCCUUGCAGUAGUUUACUGGCUUCCAGAUGCCCUUCCUUUGUGUGCUGGAGGAUAUUGUGCUUGAAGAAAUUACUAGGAUUUGAGGAUAACAAGGGUAGGGGGUCUUUUGUGGGGUGGCGGUGGGGUAGAAGGCUUGAAAUUGCCAGAGAAAAAUAACAAACUGUUUUGAAAUGCCUCAGCACUCUGUUUUGAUUCUUAAGAGAGCUUUUAAAGAACAUCUGCUAAUCCGCAAUCUGACACUUUACAUAUUUUGUCUGAAUAAAGCUAAUUAUGUUGGAAGAUGCAGAAAAGCUUUUGUUUAUGAUCUUCAGCUAUAACGAAAGAAGUCUUGCUGAGUUAAGCAAACUGAAACAGAGAAGCAUUUGUAUAAACCUGUUUGUCUUGCCUACUUCAACAUAAGAAAUCUCUAACAAGCUUUGGACACAGCCCUGUUAAUACAUUGUGACCAGUGAGGCUUUGAUAUUAUUCCUGAAGGAUAUUAUUCCCUUUGCAUCAUGUCACAAGUGGCUUUGAAGCUUUUGGAAACUUUAAAAAAGCAGUUUGCAUUGUAGCAAAGAGUGACUGUUUUAGGUGGGCUGCCAGCUAGCUGAAAACUGCUUGGUGUGCACAGAGCCCUUUAUUUCUAAAGGAUUUUACUAGAUUGCAGCCUUCAACAGUACUAAGCAUAUGUACUUUUACUUGUUGAUGAUCUCCAUAUCUUUUACAUGCUAUGUUUUUAUAAAUUUAUAUAUAGGUACACAGGAAAAGUGAUAAAAGACAUAAUUAACAUGGGGUCCUACAACUACCUUGGGUUUGCAGAGAACACCGGAGUUCGCAAGGAUGCUGUGGCUGAAGUUCUUUCGCAGUAUGGAUGUGGGGUGUGCAGCACUAGGCAAGAGAUGGGUAAGUUCAGACAAAGGACUAGUAUCUGAGUACAUUUAAUAACUCAGACUCCACAAAAUAUUAUAUGGCAGUUCCUAAGCUUUUGCCCUAAUUUGUAUGCAUCCAGCUUGCAUCAUUAACACUAAAAAUUAAACUUCCUAGCAUUAAAAGUGUUUCAUGCACAGUAGAUUUACCCAUCUUGAACCCCUUUUCUAUGUUUCUUCCAGGAAACCUGGACAAACAUGAGGAGCUAGAAGCAUUAUUGGCCAGAUACCUUGGUGUGGAAUCCGCUUUGUCGUACGGGAUGGGAUUUGCAACCAACUCAAUGAAUAUUCCUGCUUUGGUUGGCAAGGUAUGGAUGUCUUUGGAGAGAGGACUGGCCUAGAUCUGUCUUCACAGGUUUCUAAUGUUAGCCUCUCACUUAUUCAGUGCAUACUUUGUGAAGGAGGGGGAAAUUAAAAUUCCUGUAUGCCAUGCACUUCUGUUUAGAAAAUAGUUAUCCCUUGUGGAAAAGUUAAAUGAAUAAUCGGGAGAGGAAAAACAUGUCACAAGAUGAAUGAAUGCACCAAGGCUGCAUUCUUAGCCCCUCAAGCUGUAUUGGGACAAGAAAAUGUCAGUUAGUUUGGAGGGCUGAGCACAUUAGUCACAUUGGCUUCACUAGAAUACAAAAUGAUUAUGUAAAAUACGUUGUUAGCUUGAUAAGAUAGAAACUAUGUUAUUGAAAAUAGUCUGUUUGGAGAGAAUUUGUUAGUCCAGUGCACAUUCACACUUCUUGUUUUGAAUUUCAUCACAUGGCACCCAACAUAUUUAUCAAAAAUAAAUUUCUGUAUUAUUUUAAGUGGGUGAGCAACACUUGGUUGAAAUAAAGAGUGCAAGACAUCCAGGUGAAUAGCCUACGUAUGCUGUGUACAAGAAUGCAUUGCACCAUUUAUGCCAUUGUGAACUUGUAAAGGAUUUCUUAGGUUUUUAAUUACCGGUAUCUUCCAAAGAGAAAUGUUGUGUAUACAUAAGGGGAAGAGUUUAAAUUCCUAUUUGAUUUAAAUUUGACUUCAAAAUUUUUAAUAAGUAUACACAUCAUAAUAAGAAAUGUGUAUCAGCAAAGCUAUUAUACUAGGUUGCCAAUCUAACUGUUUUAAUAUCUUAUUUAUUUCUGUUUUACUGUCAAGCUGCAACCCAAAAUAAGCAAUUCCUUCUCCUUUAUUGUAAUGCUGCUUAUCCAUAGUCCCUUACCCAUCUUCUUGUGUAAUUGGAGCAAUAGGAAGACUGCACAGCACAGUAAAGCAAGCAGAGAGCUGUUCCCCAGGUUCAGUGUAUCAGAAAAGCUAUAAAUAGUAAUGUGUGGUCUUGCAGCAUCAGCUAUUGAUCCUAUGCAUUGUGGCCAAUCAAGGAAAACUGCUUGGAGACCAGGGCAGGGUGUAAGGAGUUUCACCCAGCAAGAACCAUGCAUGGUUAUAGGUCAGUGGUUAACUGCAACUUUCUGUCUGGACCAUUUAUUUUCCUGUUUCCUUGUUCAGGGCUGUCUAAUAGUGAGUGAUGAGUUGAAUCAUGCAUCUCUAAUAUUAGGAGCAAGACUUUCAGGAGCAACAAUUCGAAUCUUCAAACACAAUAGUGAGUAUUUCCCAGGACGUUUAUUAAUUUGACCAGAAAUUCCUAUGUUGUGGGCUAAAUGCAGACUUUGAUUUUAACCCCCUGAAAAAGCUACCCAGAGAACAUUCAUUUAUGGGCAGUAUAUAAAUAAAACUCUAUAGCAGCCCCAGGUGCAUUUUUAAAAAAUGUUCUUAACAUUUAAGGCUACCACAAAUGAGAAAGCAUUCAAAAGCUCCUCCCUGAGUAAGUGUUUCUGUGGUCUUCAGAUGAAGAGCGGUAUAGUUUUUUUUGUUUUGUUUUGUUUUUCCUCUUCAAGCUUUCUCCAUGUCAUAUUUACCUGUUCAAAUGCACUGUUUAUCUUAUGGACAUAAGAAGAUCCCUGCUGGAUCAGACGAAAGACCUGUAUAGUUAUCUAGUCCAACAACCUGUUCUCACAAUUGUCAGAUGGAAACCUUUCUGAAACCCCAAGCAGGACAUGAGGGAAAUAGCCUCACCUGCUGUUGUUCCACAUCUAAUGGUAUUCAGAGACACGAUAGCUCUGAUCCUGGAGGGGUGGCAGGUAGUCAUCAUGACUGAUAACUAUUGAUAGCCUUAUCCUCUAUGAAUUUUGUGAUUCCCCCUUUAAAAGCAUCCCUAUUGAUGCUGCUGUUACAUCUUUGCAGAUUCCAUGGUUUUAACUAUGUGCUGGGUGAAGACGUAUUUUCUUUUGUUCUGUUCUGAAUCUUUCUCCAUUCAGUUUCACUUGAUGAUUUCUGAUUCUAGAAGUAUACAGUCGUACCUUUGAUCUCAAAUGCCUUGGCUCCUGAACAACUGAUACCCGGAAGUGAGUGUUCCGGUUUUCAAACAAUUUUUGGAAGCCAAAUGUCCGACGUGGCUUCUGAUUGGCUUCAGGACAUUCCUGCAGCCAAUCAGAAGCCGCACCUUGGGUUUUGAACAGUUCCGGGAGUCGAACGGACUCCCGGAACGCAUUCUGUUCGAGAACCAAGGUAUGACUGUAGCUCUGUCGUAUCUCCCGGCUUAACAUGAUGCGCAGCUGAGUCCGUAUGUUCCCAGUACUAAUUGCUCCCAGUACUAAGUGUUGUCAGGCAGAGCGAUUCUUCAGAGUGAAGAGUGAUUCUUUAAUAAGCAACAAAAACAACAACAUAAUGUAACCCUCUGAAUUACUGCUGUAGUAAUGCUGCCUAUAGCUGCUUCUGCUCCUAAUCCCUUUACAAAAGUAACAAUGUUCUUUGGAAUUGUGUUCUUUCUGUAUAGAUAUGCAGAGCUUGGAGAAGCUGCUCAAAGAUGCCAUUGUGCAUGGGCAGCCACGCACACGCCGGCCAUGGAAAAAAAUUCUCAUCAUUGUCGAAGGCAUUUUCAGGUACAAGCUUGGUCCUUCCAAUCACCAGUGCUGUUUGCCAUAUUGGAUCAUUGUUAUUGUCCAUUUUGAGGCAAUCUGUAAUCCAAGCCAAAUUGUUGGGUGCUUAUUAUUUGACUCUGGACAGCUGUAAUCAUGUCCAGACAUAAUGAUGCUCCAAGUUGCAUUAGUGCUAAUAAAUCUAAACUGGAGGUGUGAUUUUUUUUUUUUUUUUGCCAGGUGUUUCUGUAAUGGAUUGUAAUGGACAUAGUUUCUGUUGUCUCACUUUGUCAGCCAAGGGUAAACUUGGUAAUGACUGACUGAAGGGGGUAUUCUGUGAAGAGAAGGAUUGUAACGUGAAUCUCUCCGGGUUUAUCAUUCCACAUUUAAUAUUUCUGUCGCUUUUCCUCUCCUCACUGAGCAUCCAGAGCAGUUUGCAAAAAGCAAAACAAAAAAAGCUCACCACUGCAUUAAACCAAUUAAACACAAUAUUACAAAGACUAUAAAUUUGAAACAGUAAUUGAAAGCAGUAGAUACAGGACGCAUAAUGCCAGUGUGAUGCUGUCAACUAUCUUAAGCUCUGAAGCCUUUACUUCACCAAACCUUUAUUAGGCAUUAGUUAAGCUCUGAAGCAUCAAAAACUUGUUAAGAAAGGGGUUAUGCGUAGUUGCAGAUGGAUGUUUUGGGGAGCCUUGAUGCAGUAAAGGGAUUGAUACCUUGCGCAGCAGUCCUAACCAUGUCUACUCAGAAAUAUGUCCUGUUAAAUUCAGUGGAGCUUACUUCCAGGAAAGUGGGGUUCGGAUAGCAGCCUUGCACACUAAAUUUUUCAGAGCAAUGCCUGGAAAACUGCUUCUAUAGCAGGGGUCUCCAAACUUUCCUUGCCUCGGGGCGGUGUCUCAAGCGAUGAUCGUGCAGCGGGCCGGAGGGCGGGGGAGCGCACGCCCCUACACGCGCACACACACGAUUUCCGGUGCACAUCUGAGUCGGAGGAGGCCCAUGCGCACAAGCUAUUUCUGGUGCUCCUCCGACCUUGUAAUUACUUGGAAAAUAUUAACCGGCCCCUUUUCUAGGGGAUUUGAGCAUCACUGGGAGAUUCCAGAAUUCACACCCAUCUCUUGUUUUUCUUCACAGCAUGGAGGGAUCCAUAGUCCGGCUUCCUGAAGUAAUUGCCCUUAAGAAAAAGUACAAAUCAUACUUGUACUUGGAUGAAGCUCAUAGUAUAGGAGCAUUGGGUCUCAAUGGCCGGGGUGUAGUGGACUAUUUUGGACUUGACCCUGAGGAUGUGGAUAUCAUGAUGGGAACAUUCACCAAGGCCUUUGGAGCUGCUGGAGGAUACAUUGCAGGCAAGAAAGUAAGAACUUGUGUUGGGAAGCAAUUUUGUAGCUUGUUAGUAAGGAAUAGAAGCUUAGACUCGAAUGCUUAGAUCAUCAAGAUCAUCUCCAUUUUAAUUUUGAGUAAAUUCCAGGAUCCCAAGCAUAAAUAUAUAAAACAUUUUGAAAAGCUCGGUUAGUAGUACUAUUAUGUUUUUGCAGGACUUCUCAAUUAAAAUACAUGGUCCAAACAAAUGCCCAUUUAUUACUAAAGCUAUCGAAGGUCAAAGCAGCAGCUAAUCCUGAGCACUACAUGUGUCUUGCAUCUAUUAUUUAUUUAUACAUACAUACAUACAUACAUGCAUACAUACAUACAUACAUACAUACCCCACGCACCUGGCUGGGUUUCCCCAGCCACUCUGGGUAGCUUACAGCAUAUAUAGAAGACAGAGAUUACCCAACACUUAAAAUAACACCAGUACUCACUCUCCGAAGUUUAUUUGAUUGCCCUUCCUUAUGAACCUCCCACCCCUUCUGCAAGUGUCAUAGCAGGUUGGCCACUCACCCACCACAAAACAGCCUGUUGGACUCCCCAUCCUCCCAUAUAUAUAUUUGCUAUGCUCAGUUUCCUAAUUUUAUCCAGAAUCAAUAUGGCAUUUGAUGAUGAGGGAGUAAUCAUUUAUGUGCUGCUAGGCUUUUCCUUGUCAAUUGUUAUCAUUAUGACAGCGUCUCCCUGACACUCGUUUUUAAAACAACAUCAUGGAAAUACAGUGGUACCUCUAGAUGCGAACGGGAUCCAUUCCGGAGUCCCGUUCGCAUCCUGAAGCGAACGCAAUCUGUGCGUGCGCGGGUCGCAAUUCGCUGCUUCCAUGCAUGCGCGUGAUGUCAUUUUGAGCGUCUGCGCAUGUGCGAGCGGUGUUCCGUUACUUCCGGGUCGCCCUGGAGCGUAACCUGAAAACGCUCAACCCAAAGCUACUUCAACCCAAGGUAUGACUGUACAGCUUCUUCCUAAUGACAGCAUUUAUCUCCCAAGCAAAAAUGGUUGAUCAGGGAUAAGGAGAUGCAUGUGCACCACAACCUACGAAGAAAGAUGAAGGCGCAACUAUAUAUACCUGCCUUCACUGCAUAUCUUUCAAAUAAUUAGUCAGCAAAGCAGUGUAAAUAUCAGCACUGCAUACUUGCCCCAUCAAAGACUGCUCUCUCAGUGGCAAGGAUAAUUUCUGAUAACCUGCUGUAUUCACUUUGUCAGGAGCUGAUCGAUUACCUUCGUGUCCAUUCACACAGUGCAGUAUAUGCCACUUCGCUUUCCCCCCCUGUUAUUGAGCAAAUCAUCGCAUCAGUGAAGUGCAUUAUGGGUGAAGAUGGCACAACACUUGGUGAGUUUCAGGCACUGUAAUUCUCAUGAGGUGUUAGAUUAAACAACUGCUCCUUCAAGUCAGCAAAGCAACUUGGAUUCUUUGCAGGUGUUGCUCUUGUCCACAAGGUGGCAGUAUGCAUUGAAGGACCACCUAUUGAGCACCAUCCGUCAUUUUCUGUGUGUUGCGUUUGCAAAGUAAAGGAAGGACUUGACCCUGAUUAAAAACAAGACACGAGGCUUUGACCAGCAAGGCUCUCGGAGAAAAAGUGCGUAAACCACACGCCUCACCAGGCCAUUUUAUUAGCAAAAUAAUCUUUUACACAGUGCUCGUAAGAACCAAUCAUAUUUCCUCUGAGCAUUUCAUCAAACCCACGUGGGGAGAAAGUUAAACCACUAAAACUAAUUAAGCACAAAUAUUUCUGGGGUAAACAAAGAACAGAACUACAAAGAAGCGGAUCUGGCAACCCUGGAGGUAAUAAACAAUCAGUACACAUGAUAAGAAGGAUGGCCAGAAAGACCAGAUCACUACCACCUUUAUGUGAGAUCUGUUUCCUGGCUCCAAGAUUAACAUUUUAAGAUUAUAUAUAAGAAAACUACAUCAAAGUAACUUGCCUACUAUCUUUAUGGCACAGGAUGCCUGCCUGGCAAAGCAACUGCUGUGUACGCUGUGUACGUGACGUGAGGAGAGAGCAAUGGGCAGUAGGGUCAAAAGGGCCAGAGAUGCAGAGGUGUAGAUUGAUCAAGAAUCAUAUCAAAAUAGUUUAAACCCAGUCAACGCAAUGCUUUCAUUGCUGACACAGAUGGCUUACUCUAUAUUUGUUAUAAUUCCUCAUAGCAAUCCCACCUGAUCACUACAUCUCUGGAUAUUUGCACUGCUACACUGUGGAGGACUGUUUUGUGAAAUCAGCCUUUUCUUUAUGUUGUUGGUAGUUGAAUGAACGUUUCAUCAUUGCUGCUGGUCAGGUUGAGAUUUGUAUUGGAUAAUGGUUUUCAUUUACUAAGGCAAAAGCUAUUGCUGUGCAAAAUCCUUGUUUGAGAGGUGCGUAAAUCUAAGACCAUAAGAGGAUCCGGUUAGAGCAGACUGAAGACCCAUCUAGUUCAGCAUCCUGUUCUCACAGUGGCCACCCACAUGCUUAUGGGGAGCCCAUAAGAAGCACCCAAGCACAAGAGUGCUCUACCCCCAGCCAUUCAGAAGCCAUUCAUACCCCCAGGUAUUCAGAAGUUUACAGCCUCCAACCACAAAGGCAGAUCACAACCAUCAUGGCUAGUAGUCAUUGAUAGCCUUAGCUUCUAGGAAUGUGUCUAAUCUGUUUUUAAAGACAUCUAAGUUGGUGGCCAUCCCUGCCUCCUGUGGGAGUGAGAUCCUUGGUUGAACUGCACUAUGUGAAGAAGUACUUUCCUUCAGUACUUUGUCCUGAACCCUCCAAAAAUCAACUUCAAGGGAUCUCCAUGAGUUCUAGUGUUAUGAGAGAGGGAGAACAACUACUCUCUAUCUGCUCUAUGCAUAAUUUUACAAAUUUAUAAUUUUACAAAUUUCUACCAUGUCACCUAUUUACUUGCCUUUUCUCUAAACUUAAAAGUCCCAGAUGCUGCAACCUUUCCUCAUAGGGCAGUUGGCCUUUCCCCUUGAUUACUCUGAUUGCCCUUUUCUGAACCUUUUCUAACUCUGCAAUUAUCUUUUUUUGAGGGUGACUAGAACUGUACACAGUAUUCCAAAUGUAUUUGCACCAGAGACGGCAUGACAUUGGCAGUUUUAUCCUUUCAAUUCCCUUCCUAAUUAUCUCUAGCAUGCAGUUUAUCUAGCACACUGGGUUGACAUCUUCAUUGAGCUAUCUACUGCUACCCCAGGGUCUCAUUCAUGGUAGCCCAUUGUGGAUUUUCUCUGGAAAGUAUAUUCCCACAAAGCUUCACAGCUACUAAUAUGGUAACUAGCUUUGUAGUUCAGAUCUAGUGAUGUAGUUGCUGGUGAGAUCUCAUUAUAGCGUUAGAACUGUAAGUUCCAAAUGGCUGUUGGCUCCAGGUUCUAUCUUCCCUGGAAAACUUAAAAGUGAAUAAUUGAAUAAGGUAAGGUCAGGUGGAUUCAUUUCUUUUGACUCUAAUGUAGGAAUCCGAAUUUGUUCAGUAUGAACUAUAUCUUUUUAAUUGUUUUAUAGUAAUAUUUGGAAAGAACUGGAAGAUUUUAGAAUUUGAAUGUUGAUGUCCCUAAGCAAAGUUAACAAUUUUAAGUGUCUCCUAAGUUAGCUGGGCUUUCAAGCAACAGCUUUCGCAUAGCCUUUGCACAAAGGCUGUUAACCCAGUUGCUACUCAUAUGGAGAGUCUCGGAUGUCUUAGAUUGGCAAGGACAACAUCAGCUUUGCAUACUUUUGGUUAGUAUAUAGUCAUACUGGUACAGUUUUUUGUAACUGUAGUUCUUUAGCAACCUAAAACACAAAGGGGACAAGUCCCUGGUUUUGAUUUACAGUCAUUAAUGACUUGCUUCUAGAUGCUGUGAAAUUGCCAUUUCUCUUAUGUCUUACCAAUCUUGUGCUUUGGGGGGAAGAAAGAUUAUUUUUGCCAGUUCAGUUUGCAGAUCCCAGCACCACCUUCCAUCCUGAUCCAGAAGGUUUUUGACCCCCUGGAACAAAGGAUGGAGUCCACCGAUGGGUAGUCUGGAUCUAACUUUUCAUAUUUUAUUCACUAUUACUGAAUGUGCAGAGCAAGUAAAACACACAUUCUGCUUCGUUUAUAAAGUUGUGUGGUUAUAGAAUUAACUAUCCUGCAAAAACAAAAAUCUCCUGAUGUAUCUCAGUUCUGAUUACUUACAAUUUAUUGCUGUGAUAUGAUGUAAAUUCUCAUUGUAACUGCAUUGCUUAUUUAGGGUUAUCAAGAAUUGGUUAAAAAGGGGUUACUUGAAAGUACUUGAGUUUGUGGACUCUUCAUGGAUGUAGAAGAAUUGGACUAAGUAGCUGAAGUUCAUUUCAGGUUACAUAUGCUAGGAUUCAGAACUCAUUUUACUCUAGAAAAUAUAUCUGAGCAAAGGUCUUUAGUGUCACUUAAGAUCUGGGAGGAGGGUGGGAAUAAGUAGAAAAAAUAACUAUGCUUACAAAGUAAAAUGGGGAUCAACAGCCAGAGCAGAAAAUACUUUUCAUGUAUUUGUUGUAUUCAGAUGAAUAGUAAACAACUUUAGCAUCAACUUCACAAAUUGUAUGAGGGCUUAGUAGCUCUCAAAACUUGGGGACAUGUAUUUGUCGAUUCUAUGGUACAUUGGCUAUUGUUAAAUAUUUGCAAUCAUUCCAGAGAGCCUUCCUUGGCCAAACAGGAUGUUAACAGCAGGCACCUUGGAUAGAAUACACAUGCCGCAGAAAACAGCAUGGCCAUUUCCGAAACAGGACAAGAGGCUAAUGAAGACUGAAUAGACUUAAUUAGGUGACAGCACGUGAACAUGCAAUCUGGAAUAGGACAGAAGCUUCCCUUCUUUUAUUUCCUAUUGUUCGUUCAAACAAAUCUUUCAGUGCUGGCAUUGUUUCUGUCUGGUACUCAUAAUGGUCAUCCCCAGGGUGCUGUCUGAAAUACUCCAUGUUAAUUUAAAAAUAUAACUUGUGGCAGUAUUUGUUUCUGUGUUUUGCAAUUGAAUGUGACUUGGUUCUAAAAAGCCAGCCUAGUUUAGCAGCUCUAGACAGAGGCAAAGAGUGUGCUAUUAAAAAUCUGUUCCUAUUACCUUCUUGGCAGGGGUGUCUGUUAACUGUGUGGUUCUUAUGAAUUAAAAAAUUGUCCAGUAGCACCUUAGAGACUAAAUUAGUUUGUUCUGGGUAUAAGUUGGUCUCUAAGGUGCUACUGGACAAUUUUUUAAUUUUUUAAUUUAUUUCGACUGUGUCAGACCAACACUGCUGCCUGUGUCUGGUUCUUAGUAACUGCGUAGGUCCUUACCUUCAAAGUUUAUAGGUGCAUAAUUCCUAUUUUUUGCAUGUUAAUAUUUUUGCAUUUGAGUCUCUCAAAUAUGUAAUGUGUAGUUUUCUUAAAAACGAGCUGCUAACUACAAUCCAAGAGGAGGAAAGGGUCUCCCCCCCCCCCAAUAUACUUGAUUAUACAAAUGGGAAGAGAUUUAUUGCUCUUUCUAAAAGUCAGUUUUGGGACAAGUGUCUGCACCUGAGACUGCAGGGGCGGGGGGGAGUCAAAAAUCUAUUGCUCCAAACUCUUUGGAUUAAUGAAACAUUUAGAUUAGAAGCAUUUUUAUUUUUUUUACAGAGGUUGAUAAAUUACUGGAUGAAUGUAAAUAAUCUACCUACUCUUGUAAAAAAAAAAGUUGAAAUAAUAAGGAAUUAGUAAUAAGUAGCCCAUAGCAAAGCACUACGUAGUUUUAACUGUUCAACAAUCAAUUAGUUUGGAGCUCCAUGAUGCUGUACUGCACAUUAACUUACCUGGAGGAGCUGCUGUUGCCCAUAUUAAACUCACAAUCACUGAAGUACAUUAGAACCUCUAUUUUACCCAUGGAGGCAUUGAAAAAAUGGGGGAGUGGAGAAAUCCCAUCUUUUUCCCUUAAGACACUUGCUGUAGAUGCUUUAUCUUUUUGGUUUCCCUUUACUGAACUUAUCCAGCUCAGUACAGUAUAUGAUUUGAUGUAUGGCGACAAGAAUUGCACGCAGUAUUCCAAGCAUGGUUGCAUUGUAGAUUAGUAGACAGACAUUAUAAUACUGGCGGAUUUUGUUUUUAUGUCUAUCAAUACCCAGCAUGGAGCUUUCCUUAUCUUACAGCAGCUGCUUUCUGAAAAGGUUAUCUUUGGGGCCUUUCAGCUGUAAACAAACAAACAAACAAACAGACAGACAGACAGACAGACAGAAAUGGAUAGAGAAGGGGGAACAUAAGAAGAACUGUAUAAAGUUAGGCAUAUUGUGAAGAAAGUAUCAUAAAACUAGAAUCCAGUGAAGUUGAAUGGUGGGAGAUUCAGGAGAGGCAAAAAGAAACACUCCUCACACAGCAUAUACUGAAACUGCAAUUCACCACCACAAGAUAUGAGGGUGGCUGCCAUUAGGUGCUUUUUAAAAGGAGAUUGGACAAAUUUGUGGGUAAUAAGGCUUUUUAAAAUGGUAACAGUUAGAAGGGACCACAAGGGUCAUCUAGCUAACCCCCUGUAGUGCAUGAAUCUUUUGACCAACAUGGGGCUCGAACCCACAACGCUGAGAUUAAGAGUCUCAUCCUCUACUGACUGAGCUACCAAGGUGGCUGUGAUAACGUAUCUACUUCCUCCAGCAUCUGAGGCAGCUUGCUUCUAACUACCAGUUGCUGGAGAUUGUGAGCAGGAGAGUGCUAUUGUGCUCAUGUUCAGCUUGUGUGCUUUCUAGCUGGCCACUGUGGCAAACAAAAUGCUGGACUUAACGUACAUACGAUCUGAUCCCGCAAGACUCUUGUGUUCUUGCAUUGUUCUAAUGGAUUACCAAUUCUCUAUCAUCAUAUGAGGUCACAAGUUGCACACAGAUGCCCCAGGAAGACUUUUAUGUGGAAAUCUGUUCUAUGAACAAUGCUGCCUUCUUUGGGAUUUUAUUGGUCAGCCCAGCCCACGUACUGACUGGUAGCAGCUCCAAGCUUUCUGUUCAAUAUUCAUUUUUAAACAGAGAUGCUAGGAAUUGAAUUAGGACCUUAUGAAUGCAAAGCAUACUCUCUCUGCCCGAUACGUAGCUCUUGUUUUGUCUUAAAUGGUAGUUCCCAAAUAGAAACACCUUAGGAAACUGCAUCUGCUUUGUCGUUACUGCAGUCCUCUUUUGGUUGCUAUGUAAAUGGCUAAAAUUGCAAUUCACAAUCUAGAAACUUGCUCAACUUGAUGAAAUGCUUGCAUUUUUUCUGGUAUAAAUGGUAUCCAAGUAAAAUGUGCCAUGUAGCCCACAAAGCAGUAUUUGACGCUGACCUUCCUGUCCCUUGCUUAUAAACUGUCUUUUUAAAAAUGCUUUUUUCUUUGAAGGUUAGGACAUUUAUGAGCUAAGAGUGGGAGUGUCCUCUGGUGACUUAAAUUUUAUUUUUAAAGAACACUUUAUUUAAAUUGAGUUUGAAAAUGUUCAGUUGUCACAUUAGCAUCUCUCAUUUGAAUUUCCUUCAAUAAGUGACUUGUUAAUGAGGUGUUAAAUUAUCACCUUGGGAACCCAGGGACUAGUCAAAACUAAUUUGGGCAGAGCAAAACUUUUGUUGUUGUUGCUGACCUCAAGAAUCCCAAGCUGUGCCAAGGAGCUGUUGGGAAAACAAAUACUUUGGGGGUCAUAAAGAGUUUCCUGCUUCUCCUCAGGGGUCUGACAGCUUUAAACAUCACUUACUGGGUUUGUGCUUCUGGCAGGGGGUCUUUUAAAUCUAACAAACCGCUCCUCCCCUUGCAUUCUCAGAAGGCCCUAGGAGUAGGCUCCAGGAAAACUGUUAAUCUGGCAUGAGUAGAAUCUUUGGCCCAUUUAGAAGAAUGUUAAUAGAUGAGCAUAUUGUACUCUUUAUUGUAAUAUUUACCAGAACACCAUGUUGAAUGUAUUUGUAGUUUUGAGUCGUGCUCCUCUUUCAUUUUUUACUCAGGCCAAGUGCCUAAAGAAACUAUUUGAAUUGUUCCCCUUGCCCCUUGGUUGGAAUAAGUUUUUCCUGUGCACUAUUAGACAGGAAGAAUAGUGUUUGAACAGAUGCCAAGAGUCAUUGCGGUUCUGUUCCCCAGUGUUCUGCUCUCUGGAUAUCCACUUAAACCAAGGCGAAAAUUAGAAGCGCUGUUCAUUCUUUGCUUUCACUUAUUUAAAUGUGGAUCUAUUAUGAAUAUCAGUCUUUUUUCAAACCAGUUACUUUACAUCAGAGCUUUCCAAACUGUGUGUUGUGACACAUUAGUGUGUCAUGCAAAUGCUCCCUGCUCUAUUCUUGGGGCUGGAAAGGGGUUAGUUUAACUUCCAGUUUGCUAGUAAAACUGAAUUAAUGUGUCACAAAAUGAUGCAUGGCCAAAAAGUGUGUCACCAACAUGAAAUGUUGGGAAAGCUCUGCUUUACAUGUUGAUUAGGCUGAAUCUUUUUGGUUGAGGCUAGAGCUCUCUGAUUAUGCUUUUUUGCUAUUCUUUUUUCCUGAUGAUCUGAAACAUUACCAUGAUGACUUUUUUUCAUCUAACUCAUAUGCCUAAACUAUAUAGCUAGCGAAACCUUCAGCUUCACCCAGCCUCUAUCUGCCAUGUUGAGAACUGCAACUAGAAUUUGCUAAAAACUGUACGGUGCUAAGCUUCUAGCUUCUGUUGCCACCAUUGACUGUUUUGCUUUUACCUGAGGCUAACAAGGUGCAAAGGCUAAAAUGAGUUUGGGUUGAUUUUUUUAAUGUCCCUUUAUAUAUCUUUACAUAACGUACCUGUGUUUUUUACCAAGUGUGCCAUACCAUGGGUAUAUUCAUCUUCCUUCCUAGGAAAUUGUCAGCGACAUGAACUUCCUUCUCUAUCAGUGAUGUGGCCUCAAAUAUUUAAGCUUUGCUUCCAAUUUUAAUAGUGGAUUGUUUCCUUUUCCAGGGUGCAUGAACAUUAUCUCACUUUAAAGUAUUGUAGUCCAUUUUACAUAUAAAAAUGAGUUAACGGAUAGUCUCGGGCAUUGGAUAGCUCAGUUGGUUAGAGUGUGGUGCUGUUAACGCCACGGUUGCAGGCUCAGUCCUCGUAUGGGACAGCUGCAAAUUCCUACAUUGAAGUGGGUUGGACUAGAUGAUCAUCAGAGUCCCUUCCAACUCUACAAUUCUAUGAUUCUGUUAUCUGAAUUUCUUGCAUUCCAGGAUAAUGUAUCCUAAUGUGGAAUGUAUUCUCUAUUGGACUGCCUGAAUAUAUUGCAUUUUCCCAUACAUCAUUUUCCUUUUCGUAAGAUUAAUGAUUUUUGUUGAAGUAACUGAUUAGCAAUAUACUCUGGAAAAAAAUGGGAGAUGAGCAAGUUGCUUUGAAACUCUAAAAGAAAAGAAGAUUUCUCUGUUUUCCUAUACUCGUCAUGUGCACAAAACUUUUUUCAUUUAAUCGUAUUGCUUCUCUGAAUUCAGAAGGGUGGUUAAGCUUUGAUACUGGCUUUCUAGGAAAAACAAGCAGAUGGCAAAUAUACUCUGCACUCCUUGUUAUAUUAAACGACUAAAUUGUUUCCAUGAAACGCCUUGUAAACAUCCCUCAUAGAACACUCUCCUCUGAAGUCUGCAAAUUCCAUGGCUUGUAAAGAAAGUGGUAUUUGUACAUGUUCCUGAUGUUCCCACCCUCUGUCGCUUGUUGGUCAGAAUUACCCAUACAACUUACAAGCACUCUUGGACAAAAGGUUAUGGGAUGAGCAUGUUUACUGCCCAAAGGCUAACCCUAACCCUUGUUCUCUAUAUGUUUACAGUUACUUUUGAAUGUAUAAGAACAAUGCAUUUUGGGUUUUAUUCUAUAUCUCCUGAGGUGUGUGUUUAAAGAUCAAAGCAUGGCUGUCAAUUCAGCAGACAUAGUCCUAGUCUCCUCCCUUUCCAAGACUAAUAGUUUUUAUUUCUUUUGAAACCUGGCACUUCAUGUGUUUCAUCUGUCUGCCAUUGGCAUGGGUUCAGAUGGUGGUGUCCGUGAUUACUUUACAGAUUCUGGUAUGCUUGUAUGGCAUGCCAUUUCAGUGGUUAGAUAUGUUGACAAAAUGCAAGUUGCUGAUCUGACCGUGCCGUGUAGGAGGGCACACAAAAUCCUUUCUUCCAUGAAUGCUGAAUGAAGAAAAGAUCACUGAAUGGAAAGAGCUUGACUUGUGAAUUUGAAGCUUCAAAUCUAAUGACCUCAGAGCAAGAUAUAUAUAUAUUCUUGCAGUAAUAGAUGCCAGUUAUUGUAUGAAUAUUGCAACCUUAUCAAACAGAAUGUGAAAAGAGGGGGCAUACUGUUCAAGUGAACUGUAUGCCAACCUGUAAAACCCAUAGGCUUAGCAACAAAAUGUAAUGAGGCAUUGUUGACAGUUGUUGUCAGUGGUGGAAAGGCUUCACUGCUAAUACAGACUUGACUGUGUGUUCAGAUAUAGAGGAGACCAAACAAUUUUCUCUACGGUAACAGUAAACACUUCUUCGUGGUUUGGGCUAGGCAGCCGCCGUGCAUAUGCUUCAAGCACUCUUGGACUAGGAGUUGAUUGGAAGAUUCUGUUCUAGUAUUAGCAGGAAUUUAGAAAAAUAAAAUGUUACUGAAGAGAUUGCAGUGCCACACACCUAGCUGCUUAUGCUUUCACCCAUAUUGCUUGUUAUUAAGUUCCAUCUAAACAGAGUUAUUCUCAAAUGUUUAAGACUCUUGUGAACAAAGGCAAUUGCUUCUGAAGUUGUAAAAUAUUACUAGAUCUCAGAAGAAAAGCUAAAUGGAAGUGUGUUACCUGGUGCAUAUUUUUGACCCCAGGCUCUUUUUAUAUUAUUGUUCCCAUCUAAUAGGACAUAUGGGUGAAAUAACAAUUGUCCCAAGGAGCAUCACUGUCAGUUGCUCUUUGUGAAUGAGCGCAUUCUUUUACCUAAAGGCCAUUCUACGGAAGGUAAUUCAUAAGGCCCCCAGCACAGUUGCUUCUCACUUGCUUCUGCCCUUGGUUAACAAAUCAUUCCAAUUAAAAAUAUGUAUAUGUCCACUGUCAGUUCUGAAGAAGUGAGGAGUUUCCCACUUAAAUGCUUCUAAAUCUACACCAAGUAGAAACUUCUGCAGCAAAUAAUAGAGACUCGGGAAACCUGGUGCAUUAAAUCUAUUUUCAUCAUGAUUUCAGGGACCAAAUAAAAGCUACAUAACUGGCUACUGGUACCACAGUUUAAGCACAACAGUUAAUGUGCUGAUGCAGAUUGUUUGUUUCUUAAUCUUGCCAGUGACAAGUAUGAGAGCUGUAGUUGAUGCUGAUGUUCAGAACUUGAUAACCUUCUAGUUGAGUACAAGCAAACACCCUCAUCCUUUGCAUAGAGGCUCUGUUAGUAGUCAGUACAUUCAUCUGACCUGGUCUGUCACCUGCUUGUUCUUUCUCUUUGCCACUGGUACCAGGGACAAACUUCCCUCCCCAGAGGAAAAGCAGAUCUGCAGUUGGAUGUGGAUUUCUGCAGCAUGGGAACAAAGGGGUUCAGUAUCUCCCUGCCUCCCAGGUGCUAUUUAAAGAUAACACAAAAGGUGUUUUAAAUGUGUUCAUGCAUUUAACACAUUUGCUGGUUUGGCCCUGGUUGCUCAUUAUUACUUACUGUUUUGUGUUUGCAUUAUAUUCUCAAGGUGUUAAUCUUGUAGAAGCUAAUAAUUGUGCAGUGUAAUUUGAGACCCUCUGAAGUGCAAAGAAUUUAACAAGCAGGCCUUUGGGAUCACUCACUAUUCAAAUCCCAAAUAUUUGACUUUAAUGUCAGCCCAAUCAGCACUUCUAAAUGCAAAAGGACAGAUGUGUAGUAGCACAGACUAGUAAAUGUUGUAGGACAACAUCUUUUAUAUCUGCAGAGUAACUGAAGCUGUCCCACUGAGUUACACCACAUAAAGCUUUGCUAUGAGUUGAUGUUUGGCUAGUAUUUACUAUUAACUUGUACAUGUUGGCUAACAUGGAUACUUCCCUUAAAAUAGGAUACCCAGAUCAUUUCAAUGUAAACUUUAGGGGAAACGGCCGCUCAGAGGAGAAGAUGAGCUGAUAAAAUGUUAAAAAGCUGUUGUAUUUCUACUGCCAAGAAUCUGUCAUGCAGCUUAAAGCAAGUGUGGGGGGUGGGGAGGAUUAUGUUAUAAGCAGAGCAUCAACUGCUGUACUCUAGCAUAAAAGCAGAAAGCACUGGUCCACAGUCUAUAGGAAUAAAUGCAUGGCACGUCUCAAAUGCCAGAUUUGCUUAGCAAUCAUCAUGGUGUUAUGACAGCUGAGAUGUCCUCAUAUUAAAUUACAAAUAGCCUGGCUAUUGUACAUGAGAGGUCACACACUGCUUUGAAUCUGCAGCUGAAAUAUGAAGGGAAGGGGGGUGGAAUCAUUUUUAUACACCAGCGAAACAAUUUAAUUUCUAUUAAAACUUCUGCUUAAAGCUGUUGUACACAUCUUUAGCUGUGUUUUGUACAUUGUGGCUAAUACAUGGUGCUGAAUCUUUCUAAGUUUGGCAACACAUGCCAGGUCUAGUAAACCUUUGUAAAUGAUAAAAGCUAGAGCAGAAUGAAGAUCUGUCGACUCCUGGCUGUUUCACGUGUUACCGGAAAAAUCCGAGGGCUCCCUUGGACAAAAAGUAAAGACACCAACCAGAGUAAAUUGGAGCAAAUCAGCAGCCUGUAGGCUUGGCCUUUAUUGAACUGUUGCAACAGGGUGUUCCCCUCACUUGCAGGAGAGAGGAAAAGACACAGAAAAUGGUGUGCAAGACCUUAUAAAAACUUUUGAAAUUCCCCCUCCUCUAGGUCAAGCCCACCCCCAGAAACAUCAUGCAUACAUUACAGAAAGGAGGGGUUGAGGGAGGAGUUGUGGUGGUAACCUGAGUGUCCUGUCACCUGGCUGGUUCACUUCUACCCCUCCCCAUGAGUCAUUUUCUGAAGACAAAAGGUAGUCGCAGUUUCCUGCCCCCUGAGGGAAGAUCUGAUCAUUGUCCUUUGUUCCAGUCCAUGCAGAAUCCACUCCCAUAUGCAAGUUCUUUGUGAUCUUGAUUGUCUUCUGUCUGGGAUCAUCAGGGUUGGCAUAGCAACUGGGCAGGGCUCCUGUGGAUGUGCUGGUAUGGUGAAGGGAUUAUGGCUGCCCUGUAUCAAACCUUCCCCAUUUUGUAGUCUUUCCUUCAUGGAGUAAAAUAAAAGUGGAACAGUGCAAAUCCGAUGUAUGGUUGAUUUUCUAUGAAUUUAUAACAGAAGUGUAGCGUAUGUAGUGUGUGAGUGUGUGUGAAGUUUGUACAAACUGAAUGAUGGGGGGGGGUGUUUCCUGCUACAGUUCCCCCCUUCAGAGAUAAGAUUGCAAAGGUGGCUACUUUGCAAUCCUUUUCUCCCCACAAUUUAAGGUGGUAAAUAUUAACCUGCUAUUCUCCGUCCCAGAUGCAUGUGUCCAUGUGAACCUGAAAGGGACUGGAUGUCACGCUUCUUAAGGAUAUUUGCAUAGAAAUAUAACGGUGUAACAGUGCACAUAGUUAGACAUAGGAUAUCACGUAAAAUUAAUAUUUUGUUGCUCAGCUAUUUGUGGUAUUCUAGCACCUUGGAAGAAAUAUUUUCUCAAUAGUGGUCUAUGCUUUACAUUUAGCAGGAAGGUCCACUAAUGACUGAAAAAUGCAGUUUGCUUUGUCCCCCACCAUUUUUGUGUUCUCAGGUGUCAAGGUAGCUCUUCUGUGGUCUCACACCGGCAUGGUGUCACAGUAGUGGCAAUCCCUGGUGAAUCCACUUAGGGCUUUCAUAUUAACCAUGUUGCUUGGCGCUCACCACAGCUGGCACAGGUUUGGACACGUCAUGAGAGAAAUGUCUUUGCCUUGGCCAUUCUAUGGGAUUUUAUUAUUAUAGGCUCUGGUCUUGCAGUCAUGGGAAGUUGCUCACUUGCACUUUAAGGACCAAAAAGCUAGUUGCAGCCUGGAUACACUUGCCCAAUUCAAACUGAGUCCAAUUUGAAUUUAUCUUGCCCCAUGGUUCUCAACUUUUCAAACCAAUCUGUUAAAACAAAACCAUUCUUAAAGGGCACUUGUCCAAAUAAGUCAAUUUAACUCUAUAAGGGAUUAUUCCUGCUAAACCAAAGCAUAUACACCUUCCUGAAGUGAGUGUGUGUGAAGUUUGUACAAACUGAAUGAUGGGGGGGGGGGGUUUCCUGCUACACAUGUUAGGUGCGGAACAAGUUAAAACACAGAUGCAAAGGGACAAUUGGGAGCUUAAAGCACAUUUCUAGUUAUUCCUUAGCAAGCAGGAUGGGCUGAUAGUGCUGACAAACUUUGCAGUAUGGGUGUAGCCAGGAUUUAUUUGGGGAGGGGCAGAACCAAGCUAUCUGUGAUGCAAUUGGUGAGUUAAGUAUUUUUAUUUAUUUACUUGAUUUAGGGGGGACAGCUGCUCCCCCUUGGCUAUACCCAUGCUUUGCAGAUACCUUUGCUGGUCCGCAGAGGAAAAAAGUCUGCUUGCAGGCACAGCAAAUGGACAAAGCAAGUUUUGUUGUGAUGCUGACAGUGAGACCCUUUGAAGUUGUCACCUGGUGUCAUAAAAAUAUCAGGUGGUUGAACCUCUCAAAGUGGCCCAUGGGUUGGAGGAGGUCCAGAACAUUAGUGUUCAUGCAGAAAAUAUCUGAUUAAGAAGAGCGUGCAGCAAAAAUGCCAUUUUAUUACACCCCCUUCGCUUUAAAUCCCACUUAGUGCUAUCUACAUUCUCACUGUGGUAUACAUAAGGCAGACGUUUUCAACCUUUUUGAGUCCAUGGCUCCUUUGAUCAACUACAUUCUUUCUGCGGCACCCCAGUGGGGCUCAGGAGUCCAGUUAUGUCACCCCUUGCCUGCAGAGCUGGCAGCCUCUCACCCUUUUUCGAACACCCUCCCUUGUGGAGUGUUUCCUCAACCUCCUCUCUCCUCUCUCCUCUCUCCUCUCUCCUCUCUCCUCUCUCCUCUCUCCUCUCCUUGAGAGUCGUCUGGGCAGCCGCUGCCACCGUUCCUGGUCUCUGAGCUCCCUCCUGCCCCAUAGAGAGGUGCCUCCUCACACUGCCCCACAGGGGCCUGGGACUUAUCUGUCCAUUCCCAACAGCAAGGGCUGCUGGACUGGCUGACUGGAUUUCCUUGCCCGCUUGCUUGCUUACUCAGAGGCCAAUUCAGUUCCUGGCAACCAGCACCCCCUGGCCAGCCCCAGAGGCACCAUUUGCCUGGGGAGCUUGUUGGCAUUGUCCAAAUACAGAUGAUGGAUGAUCUCUUUCCAGACUGAAGUGGAAUGAUUGUUUCCUUUAAGGAUAUAAUUUCUACAUUGACAGAGUAAGAUUGGUCUCUUGCAAGCACAGUCGGCAGUUCCAAAUGAAGAGUUCUCACAAGGUGGGAUAUUGCAGGGGGUUUAGUACUAAAACAUAUCUUCUUGCAAGUAAAUGCUAUCUGGUCCUGGACUUGAACAUUUGUGAUUCAAGUAGUAUACUUCAUUAUAGGUUUCAAAAAUGUUGUGUAGAGAAACUAUUUUGAUCAGUGCUUUGCUUGUUUUUGUGGCUGUGGAUUUUGGCAUGUAUAGGGAGAUUGGCCGGAGGUUAAAAUAAAUUUGGAAGCUGUGCUGAAAUUCAGAAGAGCAUUUUGGUUGUAAUGAGGAGGUGCUAGUUUGAUUCCCUCUGGCCAUGAAAAUGCAUGGUGGACACUGACAGUUCUGUGGAGUUCUGAGUUUUAUCAGACUGUUGGAUUCAUUGGGUAGCACCUCAACAGCUUAGCAUGCCCAGCACCAUUUCUGACAAAUAACUGGACUCAUCCAACCCAUUAGUUAGUUUCUUUUGACAGUCUUUAAUUGGAGGGUAUUGUCAGAGAAACAUACUCCUUGGCUGUAUGCUGUCAUUGAGGCAGUAAUUUAGUUGCUUAGGGAGGACUUUCUGUAAGAAUAAAGAUAAGAUAGCAAAUGUACGCAACUGAUUAAGUACUUCUAGUUUUUCAACUGGCAGGAUUAAAGGGUAUGAAAGUACACAGUGUGCUAAUGAGUUUCUAGCUUUGCUUUAGAUCAGGGAUAGGGACUUCCAUAAUCCCUGACCAUUUGGGCUGUGUUGAAUCGGGGUUGAUGGGAGCUGGAGGGUUACAGUUUUCCCAACUCUGCAUAAUUGAGACCAAGAGGAAGAGUUGGUUGACUGGGUGGGGGCAUAUUGGGGCUCUCCUGUUGGUAGAGUGCUCUCACCAGUGAACCCAGACAGGGCUGGAACAUCUCUGUCCCAUCCAGGCCCCUCUCCAGCAUGGCAGAUCAGGGGUUUGCAUCGCUCUGAAUUAAAGGUAUGAGGAAUCUAGUUUAUUGAUCAUUCAUUGUACCAUCUAAUAAUAAAUGGUACAUUUUCACAGGUUAGUCAAAAAAGAAAUGGAAGCUAGCUUUUAGAACUGACUUUGAAAAUGCAGUGCUUUCAACAUGUGGAGAGCAGCGCUAACUGUGUAAUACCAUAAUCUCAAUUAUGAAAUGCAAUGUUACUGAUACUGUGCAUUGUGCCUGCUGAUUUCAGAUCCAGUUGUAUGGAAAGCAUGUAAAUCGUAACCAGCAUAAAACAUUAGUGAACCACAGGAACUAUAACAUUUUGGUACUUAACUUGCCUCUAUUUUCAGCUACCUUUGCAGUUUCUUGGAUUUCACCAAGGGGAAACAAAGCUGUUGGCUGGAAAGAAAAUGCUGGCAAAGUUGCCAAGAUACAUUCCUUCAGGCUAGAGCAUGGGUUCCAAAGCUUUUUCUAAUUCUAUGUCAGAGGUUCAGGACAUAUACUUAGCCACCUUAUUUCUACAGAAAUAGAGACCUAUCUUAAAUCAGUUUCUGUGCAUCUAGUUGAAAUAUUUUGUCCAUUUUGUCAUAUUAAUCCCACCUGCCUGUCCUACAUGCAUGCCUAGUGGUCAGGUUUGAAGAGUUUUGGACAGUCAUGCUUCUGCAGCACUGCUUUGAGAAUCACAGUUAAGUAAUCCAUCAUGUGGGGCUCUGUGUUCAGCAGAAGAGAACUUGUCAAGAGCUCUCCUAAGCCCUGUUGGGUUACUUGCCUGAAUGUGUGGGCUAAAAGUAAGGAGGGGGUGAGGUAUGGGUACCUCACCCCAGUGUCCCCACGUAUGCUGUAUUCCAGUGGCAUCUGGUAACCCUUGCACCUGAUGGGGUGGCCUGUAGCCAAGGAGGCCAUGUAGGAGAGGGCAAUAAGGUCACACUGAAUGGGCUAAGGAGGUCACAUGAGCGAAGUCAAGUUGUUUUGGUUUUUCCCAUCCUUCCUCCCUUCUAAAGGUGUGAACACUUGAAGUAUUGGAGUUGUGUAAGUACUUGGUGCCAAACUAAACUGAAAAGUGUCUAGUUUAGAAUGGGCCCCUGCUGUCACAAUUUCUAGUGUGGGUCAAUGUCUCCCUGUUGAAUAAGUAUGUAAAGCUAUCAGAUGAGUCUCCAAAGAUUUGGAGAUGCCAUCAGCACACUGAUGUUGCCAGAUUUCUGGUUUUAGAGUAUAAAGUUAUAUGGCCUCUCCAUUUAGUAAGUACAGAUCUGGAGGGCACAUGGUCUGUGUGUGUAUCUGUAGGUGAGGGCAGGGUACGGUAUUCUCUUUUUUGAAAAAAAGAGUGAAGUUUCACAUCUGUUUGCAGCAGCAUCAAAGGAAUUUUGUCUUCUGACGCCCAAGGUAGAAAUGAAUUGGAGUUACCAUAUUUUUCGCUUUAUAACACGCACCAGACCAUAACACGCACGUCGUUUUUAGAGGAGGAAAACAAGAAAAAAAAUAUUCUAAACGAAAUAGUAGAUAUAUGAUUUUUGUGGUUCAUGCUGUGGCCACAGACAUGUGAUCUGACAGUGAGUUUGGAGUAGCCCAAUGCAAAAAUCCUGUGGAUCCAUGCUUUGUAACCAUGGAGGAGGGAAGGAAGGGGAACCAUGGAUCCUCUGUUCACGACUGCAGAUCCCCCUGCCACCCGCAGGCAUUCGCUCCAUAACACGCACAGACAUUUCCCCUUACUUUCUAGGAGGAAAAAAGUGAGUGUUAUGGUGCAAAAAAAUACAGUAUACGGAGCAGGGUUUUUUUGUUCACAAAACCCAACUUACAUUUCCUCUGGCUUUCAGAACAUGCCUAAAGCAUUAUUCAUCUGGUUGUAAAUGCAGUCCAAAUACAGAAUACACUUCCUCAGCUCUUUUAGCCAACCUUAGGAAUCCAUGAUGUAUUAGUCAUACAGGGAGCAGUAUCUGGUUCUUGGAGUAGGCAUUUCUUUUACCCCAAGAGAUUCAAAACUACUGGCAAGUGGUUUCCUGGUGCCCCUUUCCCAAUUCAUCUAGUGCUUGGGGCCAGAAACCCCGCCCCGCCCUUUAGUUGUUGUAGCUGAAGCUUGUCCCAUGCCCAAUGGACCAAACUCCUAAGGAGCAGUGCAUUCACUUACACCAGGAUUUCUUGCUUAUCUUUUGUAUACACAACUGGUUUAUACUUGUGUAUGAAGUUAUGUGUAUGUCUUUUGGGAAUUCUCCAUAAACAGGAACAUUUCUCACAUCCAAGAACUUGUGCCACAAUACUUUACAGUUCUUGAUAAAGUGAUGGUACUAUGCACCAUGAGCUUUAAAUAGGCAUGAGAUUCCGUCACCAUAGUACACCACUGCUCAAAGAUUUGCAAUGGCUAUUGAGUUGUUACUUUACGUUCAUAGUUUUACUGUUACUUUACGUUCACAGUUUUACUUUUGGUCUAUAAAGCCUUAAUAGCUUGGGGCCAGCUUACUUGAAGGUUCGCCUUGACUUGACUUCUACAUGUGUCAUAUAAUUUACAAGUCCAUUUGAGAGGAGUUGGAUCUUUAAGUGUGGCAGCAUCUGCGCUUUGAAACGCUCUGCCUAUUGAUAUAGGCAGUUAUUCUCAGAGAUGCAAUAUACACUUGUUUUUUAAAGUUUUGCUGAUUUUACCUAUGUUUUCUUUGUAAUUAUUUGAAGUUUUUAUGGUUUAAAUUGUACCAAAUAAAUAACCACUCAAUGCUUUGUUGUUGUUGUUUAGUCGUUUAGUCGUGUCCGACUCUUUGUGACCCCAUGGACCAGAGCACACCAGGCACUCCUGUCUUCUACUGCCUCCCGCAGUUUGGUCAGACUCAUGUUUGUAGCUUCGAGAACACUGUCCAACCAACUCAAUUCUACCUAGCUCUAAAUUGAGUACAAACCUGGACUAGCCCACUAUUGUUCUUUCAGUUCUCUUGCAUUCCAGCUAGAUUUGUCAGUGACUCCAUACAUGCUAUAUUCCAUUGUCUUUUGUGCAGCACUAAGCCCAAGAGAAGCAGAUGUGCCAAUUUCUCCUGGUAACUGAAGAGAGAGUAGUGUCAUUCAGCUGCCAGAAGCAUUAUGGAGCAGGCCUUAAAAAUUGUGGCCAUCUUCUCCACACCCACCCCGAAUAAAUGUUUAAAUAAUUUCCCCCAGUUUCUCUCAAAUCAAAGCCAGGAAAACAUAUAAAUGCAGCCAGAGUUACCUAAGCCUUGUUAGGUUGAAUGUGGCCAGAAUUACAGUGGAAAUGCGAAUAAACAUUUUUCUUAUUUCUUCUCCUAGUCUUAUGUGCCUUCUCUUGUAAUAAUCCAUAUUAACUUUUAUUUGCUCUAUACUUACAUAAUGUCCCAGAUUCCAUUGUGAAUUUCUGAUUAAACUGUGGGCCAGCUACUUGUAAAACUGAAGACAGCACACACUCACUUUAAAAAUGGCAAAUGUGGUAGAAGCCUGAAGCUUGAAUUUGCAGGAAAUUAGUGUUUUAUGAGCCCCCCCUGGCCCUGACAGACAGCACACAUAAUAAAAAUUAAACGCUGGAUUUCAAGUUCACACUGUUGAAAAGGCUGUGCUAUUAAACAACCUUGUUUCCACUACAUCUUAAUUUUCUUUGGGAACAAUUGAGCUUUCAGGUGAACUCAUCUGGAGUGCAUAGGGGGGUUUUUUUAUUAAAAAAAAAUCCACAAAGUUGAAAUUGUAUGGGAAAUGGGCAAAACUGAAUAUUGUUCACCUAACCUGGAUGAGCUCAUAGUGGUUUUAGCAAUGGAACUUAACUAGAUUUAGUAAAGUAUAUGUAUAAUAAUUGUCAUAAUAGGUGCUGUCCCUAGACUAGUGAAAAUAUAAGUGUUCUGCAGUAGGCCCAGUUGAUGCAAGGUAAAAAUUGUUUUGCUUGAUCAUGUGGCAUAAAUCUGGCUCCUUAUGGCCUUUCCAUGCAUAUGAUCAUCUGUUGACACUGAUAAUUCUUACUAAUUUUGGGUCUUUAAUUGAUUAAAGUAAUGAUUCUUUUUAAUUUGCCACCAUACCUACAAACUAAAAACGUGUUGAAUCUAGAGAUCCCAUAAGUGUAAUUCUGUGUUCAGAGCCUCUUGCUCACAAAUGGGUUGUGUGUCAUUUUUGCUCAUUGCUUUCUGUAACCCCUGAAAAUUCUCUCAAGGGAUUUUUUUGGGGGGUGGGGUGGGGAAUAUCUUCCAUCAGUGUGGAUGGUGGCACAGGAGACUGUGGGAGAGGGAAUUGGUGCAAUUUGUCUAGCUUCCAGGAGCAGGAAAUGUCACGGGAUUGCCAGACCUUUGGCUGGUUUCAAGCCAAAAAACUGAUAUGUAUUCCACUUAAUGGCAACAUGGUUAAACUCCCAUAAAAUGGAGAAAAUACUUCUUAACUAGUCUGGUCCUUGAAACCGGGGAUAUUGCAAGUGGUGGUUUCAUACUUGUAGAAUAGUACUUGGAACAUUCACAGCAAUGCUUCUUAAAUGGAAAUUUGCUGUUCACUGUUUAGGGUUUAUCAUUACAGGUAGGUAGCCGUGUUGGUCUGCCGUAGUCGAAACAAAAUAAAAAAAUUCCUUCCAGUAGCACCUUAGAGACCAAGUAAGUUUGUUCUUGGUAUGAGCUUUCAUGUGCAUGCACACAGAUACCAAGUGUGCAUGCACAUGAAAAGCUCAUACCAAUAACAAACUUAGCUGGUCUCUAAGAUGCUACUGGAAGGAAUUUUUUUAUUUUGCUUCAACUAGAGUUUAUCAUGUUUGACAGAUUUAUGUUUGCAUUAAUACUUAAUAAUACUGCUGUGAAUAUAAAUCCUCUGAAUUUAAUGGCAAGUUCUAAAAUGUCUGUUAUACUUAGUCUCAGUGUUGUUUUUAAAUUUGAAACGGAAUAAUGGAAGGCGCCCCCCCCCCCUUUUAUUUUCAUGGCCCUUGCUACUAUUUGCAACCAGAUGCUGUUUUAGAGUGUUUUUAUAUAAUGCUACAAUUGCCUGGAAAUUGAAGAUGUGGUGAAAGUCAACUUCAUUGUACUUGUCACAAGCAGAAGCUGCUUUGGCUCUUAAGAGUGAAUAAGAUGCUGUUAAAGCAAUAGUGGGAAGUUCAAGCUCACUGGCCUUCUUAUUCUUUUAAAUAAGAUUUCUUACCUACCUUUCACCAUAAAGUGCAGAUGUCUCUGGGAAUCCCACCAACAGGGCAUGUGUUCAAUACCACUCUCCCACUUACGAUCCAAAGCAACUGGCAUUUGUAGGCAUAUUGUUUCUGAUAUAUAUAGCGCUCUCUCUCUCUCUCUAUAUAUAUAUAAAAUUUGUUUAAUCUCAUUUCGAAUCUCCCUAGUUGAUGGCCAACACUUGCGAUGGCCACUUCUCACUCAGUGAAACUAUAGAAUUUGUGGUUUACUGGAGAGUUGUAGCUGACACUCCAUGAGGGAUGGUUUGAGUGCAAGUUGUAAAAGACUGGGUCCAAAUCCAACCAAACACAGCUUAGAGUGCAUUUACUCUACACAAUGUGGCUACGAUUGUGAAAAAAAUCAUAUCUUAGCUACUGACACACCGCCAUUCGCAAUAGUACACUUUCCCCAACCCACAUAGAACCAUUAAUGUAAACUGUAAAAUGUAAACUGGAGCUUAUUUAGCCAAGUCUGCCUCUUUGCUUGCAUACCCCCUUGCACAGGUGUUUUGUCCCUGUAAGGUCCAGUUCACCUUAAAGGCACUGCAUACUGUGAGAGAAGGUGAUACAUGAGCUUAAGGUAGACUCCCACACCCUUGCAUGUGUACAUCCUGAACCCUAGCGAUGUGUGAACUAAUUAGAAGCAACCCUGGGAGAUGCUUGAUGAGAUUUUUGAUAGGGAUAGUGCUUAGCUUUGGAUGCCUUGGGCAGGAAAGCAGCAGCUUCAGAGCUAAGUGCCACUUCUGCAUAAUGGUGUCGUGGACAAUCUGUCAUCAUGGAAGGAGAGUGAAGAGUAUUUUAAGUGCUUCAUUCAGAGCUUGUUAAUCUUGUUAUAAGUGCAUGUGUGUUAAUCUUGUUAUAAGUGCAUGCGUGGCAAUCUCUACUCCCUCAGCAUCUCCAAACAGCAAGCAUUUGUUUUCAAGCUCCUCCAGUCACCUUUGUAUUUCUGCUGGGUGCUCAAAAUCAGAGCUGUGUACUUAAACAGGCUGCAAACGAUAUAUAAAAACAAGUUUUUCAUCUACUUUUAGUGACCUAACCUAUGUUUGUACCUUGGCAUCAAAACUUCACUUUUUACCAGCAAUAAAGUUUCUUGUGAAUUGAAUGUGUUAUGUAAAGGAACAGACACUUGAAACUUCAUAGAAACUAAUCUUGUCCUCCUAAAAAGGUCUGUUGAAUUUUUAUGCAGUGCACAAACAUAAGCAGAUGCACAAACUUUUAAUAUCCGUUUCCUUUCACAGAUGACGUUAGAAAUAGGCAUUGGAAAAGAAUGCAACGUUAGUAGUAUAAUCACAAACUUUAGAAAUUGGAGGGUGGGAUGUCGCAUAGUUACAAAACAGAUGCCUGUUUGAAAAGCUGUGUUGCAAGUGUAGAGGGAGGAAGAUCUUGUUAUCCUCUGUGGGUGAUUACUUUGCUUUUAAACCCUAAUGUCCUCCAGUGAAAUCAGCUUCUCAUCAAAGGACUAGCUGGGGUAUAAAACAAACACUGAUGCUGCAGGCUUCCCCUGCUUGUUUGUGGAAUAAGAAUUCAACUUAUGCUUGGCUUUGAUGAGUUCAGAGGAAAUGUAUUUGUUGCCGUUGAACCCUGGUGCUCCCUAUGGGUGGUCCUUGCUGCCAUUAGAGAGAGGGUUGGACUACCAUCUUAACAGGAUGGCAGACACACCACUUAUUCUCUGCCACUUAUUUACUGGAUAUGAAGGUUUACCAUCAGUUUCCUAUAGGAAAAUCCUCUGCUGCUGAAAAAUUAUUUAAAAUACCAGCCUAUCCAAGAAACAUGCAUUAAUUAUCUGUUAGUUUAUUCAACAAGUGCAAAUGAAAUUCUCUGUGGGAAAAUGUGGCUAAUGUUGCAUAGUAGUGAUUUCACAUCACAACAAAUUUGGUUAUAAUUUGAAUAAGUAGCUGCAAGAUUAGUCUUGACAGAUCAGUGGUGAAGGUGCUGUAGGGGUUGUCCAGAUAUCUAUCUUUCUAUCUCUAUCUGGGUCAAGAACCUAAAGGACAGCAAGUCCUGGGGAUAAUGAAGUGAAGUUAAACACAAGUCUUUGUCUUUGUCCUCCAAAGAUGUCAAAAACCAUGUUUAAGCCAUAGUCUUUUUUUCAUAGGCAUGGAAAUCCAUCUAGUAUUAUGAUAAAGAUAUUCUUGGUGUCUCAUAGUCAAGAGCUGUUAAUGAUAAAAAAUCUCAAAUUUUAAUUUCUGAAUCAUGUAAACCAAAUGGGGAUUGAUUUGUAACCUUCCAUAUCCUGGAAGUUGAGACCUUGCAUCAUCCAUUAACCACUUGGCAGAUGGGAAACUGAGGCUGAUAGUGAUUCUACAUUCUAAGCUGGUAUUUGAACCCCUUCAGUCCCCGCUGAAGGAGAAUUAGAGGGAUUUCUCCACUCUUCCCACUCAUGUCUUCUACUUCUAAUGCUUGAGGCUGGAUAGUUUCUCCAGUCAAUAUAAUCUUGGCCACAUUGAAGCCUUUUCCAAGGCAGGAGAUAAUAGCAUUUCAUAAUUCUUUUUUAAAAAUAUGUGCUUCCACCUUUCUCAAGCUAUUUUCACCCAUGUUGGCAUCAAAAUGUGAUUUUGGAAUCAGUUACAAAAACCUCAUUUGUUUGAUUUUCCCUUUCAGGAAAGCAGCGUAUACAACAGUUGGCUGAGAACAUCAGGUAUUUCCGAAGACGGCUUAAGGAAAUGGGCUUCAUCAUCUAUGGAAAUGAAGAUUCACCUGUUGUACCUUUGAUGUUGUAUAUGCCAGCAAAAAUCGGGUAGGUUAUAUAGGGAGAUAGUGGUCGUUUAGCUCUAGCAGAAGUAGUAACAAUUGGAUGUAUACCCAGCUCCCUUCAAAAUAGUUGGUGCUACAGCAGUAGCAGAAGAAACGGUUAGGGAAUUGACAUUUGACUUAUGGGAGCAGGGAUAUAUGAAGCUACUUCUGUAGGAGGUUAGACUCCCAGACUCUUGGGAAGCUGGAUUAUUGCCCGGUUCCACAUCCUACUUGCCUUGUUUUUUGUCACUGCAUGGAAUCACAGAGCAUUCCUGGAUAUUUUUGCACAGUGCAAGCUGCCUCCUCAGAUAGCAAUUGGCAAGGGAGGGGUGGUGGUGGAAUUCUUGGUGAGUGAGCUCCAAAGCUGGAGUUUCUGUGUUCUAUCAAAGAUACUUUCAAGUUUAAGUUACAAAUCCGUUUAGAAGUAGCCUGCUAAAAGACCAGCCCCUGCCAAACAGAAUCUUUCAGCUUUGUGUGAACUUAAUACAGUGAAACCUUUCUAGAAAGACCACCUCCGGACUGAACAAAAGAGACCUUUGUAUGCAGGCGCUGUGUGUUUCUAAGGCAAGCAGUCAGAACAGUGGCCUCCCAGGCAUUCUUCACGAAAGCCCCCCCCCCCCCCCCGCCUCAGAGCAGCAUAGGCCUUGUAUUGCUGCUGCUGUUGCUGCUGCUGCUGCUGCUGCUGCUGCUGCUUCAUUAAUCUUGUCUUGCUUCCUUCACAGUGCAUUUGGACGAGAGAUGUUGAAAAGGCACAUAGCCGUUGUGGUCGUGGGUUUUCCUGCCACUCCGAUCAUUGAAUCCAGAGCCAGAUUUUGUCUGUCUGCAGUGCUUACCAAAGAGAUACUUGAUAUUGUAAGUAUUCAAGUUUGUCCCUGCUCUGUCAUCUUUUAACUAGUCUUAGCAGUGGAGUAUGAAAGAGAUCUUCUGGUCAGGAGCAGCACAUCACGAGACAUGUGCUUAGGUUGGACCAGUGUUCUCCUAAUUCUGGUGUUUUUAAAGUUACUGCAUUCUCCUAUGAUUGCAAUGGGGCACUGCAUAACCUAAGUUAGACUGCUUUGGUUUAUAAGUCUAAGUGGGGGGAAAUUCUGUCCCUUGGUGUGACGCUAGAGGCCCUGUUCUGAAUCAGCCACGGAAUUAUUAAACUGUUGAUUGACAGGAGAAGAGCUGUAUGAAGAUGUUCUAGACAACAUUUCUGACUUUGUGACACUGCAUUUGGAAAGAGGUUGCGUAAUUUGCUUAUAAGCAUGUUGAGCUAAAUACAAUUAAAUGAUACGUUUAAAAUUUAUUGUGCUUUGUGUUUACACACCAGACUAUAUGCACAGCAUCACUGUGUUAAUGUAUUGCCAAAAGGCUGCUACAAUUUUUAGUAACUUCUGAGAAUCCCCCCCCUUUUACUUCAGAAACUAUUCUAAAAAUAUUACCAUCUGUUAGUUUGAAUUUAGAUUAACUUUACAGUUACUGAUCUGAAUGCAUGGUGCCUUACCUAACCUUGUAUGUAUACAUGGGAUAAAAAUGUGCAGGAAUAAAAAAUGGUGCUGCAUAUUUGCAGGAUUAAAAGAAUUAGCAACGAGAAGAACGUGAAAGCAAGUGGAGCUGAAUGUGUACUACUUUUGUAGAAUAAAUGAAUGAGUUUUUAUAUUAUUAUUUAUUAAAUUUGUUACAGAAAAUCUUAAUGCAAGAAGUGGAUUUUGGAGGGUACAUACCUCCACUACUUUUAUGGCAAAGGAUGCCUGUUGUAGGCCAUUCUGAUGUCUAAACAAGUAUAUGAAAAUAGUGAAACAAUUAUGCAGGAUCUCUGAAACAAUUAUGCAGGAUCUUUAGCAAUAUAGUGCCAAACAAAAAAUGCAUGGAGGGAAUAUGCAUCAACGUUACACCCGGGGUCAUUGAAAAACACAGCCCAUGCAGAAAAGUUCUGAAGACCCCUAUAUGUACAUAAUAUGCCUGUGUUUCAUACGUUAGUAUGUUUGCAUAGGUUUGAAAAGUUAUAGUAUUUUUAUUUAAAAAGUGAUGGUCCUGUUCAGAAACCUACCUGUCCUCCAAAUGGAUUGAAUUCAGAGGACCAUAUGUAACAGGACUGACAUAAGUUGAUUUUCCCACCCCUCGUCACCUUGGCAGCACCCCCCACUCCAAAUAUUCCACAUGGGGUGAAGAGACCCUGCUGAAUAGGUUGGGCUGAGGUGGGAAAUGGGAUUCCUGAAACUAGGACAGCACUCACUGCAUAGUGCCACACUGGAACAGAAGAAGGCUGUAUCACUUAAAUCCCUGGUAAGAAUACCAAAGUAGCUUGAUUUAUGGAAACAUGAGCCUUACUUCCUACAGAAUAGGUAAUGUUCCACAUUUUGAACAUGGCUGGAACAUUGAUCUGAACUGUCUUUUCUAAAUGAUCACAAGUGCUGACAGGUAGGAAGUGGGAGCAGCUUUCCUGAGCUUAACUAAGGCGAAAAAGAGACCUUACAGAGCUGGUCCAUGUACCUUCCUCUUACUGGCUGAAGAGAGCACAUAUUUUCUCAUUUUUUUCCUUUUCUCUCCCUACCUACUCUGUGUUGAGUGUGGAGGUCUCUUUAAAAAAAUUUAAAACCUGAUAUUUGUAAUGCUUCCUUAUUGAAUCAACCCACAUGAUGGACAAUGGUUCUCUGGUACAAUGUAUAACUCUAAUGUAAAUAAAACUUGCUUGCCUGAAAAUACUUUGGCCCUGGAUCAGAGCAGAGCCCCUCGUAACUUGCAUCCCUGUGGGCUGGUGCUUUCUUUUCAGCGAUGAAAAAUAUAUUACACUUUCCUGAAGUCAGAGUUCAGCCAUGCCAUUUCCUUUGUAGUCUUUGCAAGUCACAUGCUUCUCUUUGUUUUAAAUUAAUAAAAUCCUAAAUCUGAGUUCAAGAAUAACAGUUAACGGACUCUUUCAACAGAAAUUCAACCUCAAAUUAUUUCCACAUGUUGCCUUUUGCUAAAGCUGUGCUUAAAAUAUGCUCACAAUUAGACAGUGUUUGGCAAUUUCUACCCUUCCCCCCCCCCCUCUUGAAUUCUGAGCUUAUGUGGCCUCUGUUUGGGGCAGGGGGGGCGCUUUCUGAAACUGUGUCACCACCUUGAGGUUUCUUGGCAUAUGGCACUCAUUUAUUCACUUUCUGUUGUCAGUUAUUGGGGCCACAUAGGUUGUGUGGGGAUAAGAGCUACCGAAUUGUGGGUAGGGCAGGAGAGUUGUUAUUUCCUCACACUUGCCACACGAUGUCCCUGGAGAAGAAUGGACUUCAUAAAAGAGAGUUGCGGAAAAAGAAGGGGUGAGGAUUUGUGCUUUAGAUAAACGUAUGUAUGCUGACCUAGGGAGGAAAUUUUGUGUGCCUACUGGUUUUUCCUUACUAGAGCUUUAGAAGCUUUUGCAAACCAGCAAACCUAAGUUCUAGUCCUGGUUAGCUUUCUUCAUAUCAAUAGGAAUGAGGGAACUUGUGCUCUCUGGUGCCUCUCCAGAUCUGUUCAGGAGGGUUAGAUGACCUGCCAGAGUAGACUUUGAGAAGGUGCAGAGUGAGGAGAGAGCAGGGAAGUUCUGCUAUGUGAGUGCAAGUUGUUCUACGAAUGCAAUGACUUCAUUGGCCUUUGCCAUUAUGUUUUGUGUAUAGGUUCCACUUCAUUUAUUAUUAUUUUGAAAGAUGCUUUUAUUGUUUUAUCACUUGUUUUCGCUGCCCUGGGCUUCGAAGGGCAGGAUAUUAUUUAUUUAUUUAUUUAUUUUUAAUCUCUCCCCCCCCCCCCAGUGUUUAUUUGUCUCCCACCACCACCAUGGCUGCUGCCGCUGCCAGAGGCAGCCUCCACACCCGGGCAGGAUAUAAUUUAAUAAAGAAAUGAGGCACAGCUUGGGAUUGAACUGCAGUUAUGUUCAAUAAUGGUAGAAUUAGUACUUCAUUAUUCCAUCAGCUAUGUGCUUAUUGCCAUACAGAAAGAAAAAAGCCUGCCCUAGAAGGCUCCCCAUCUCCAGGGAGAGGAAACAGAAUAUUGGAGAUAAAUAAUAAUAAAAAAAAAAACAAGAAGAAAACUUAGGCCAGCAGCCCAGUUUUGAGUUUUCUCAGCCUGAAACGCUCCCCUGGGCUGCAUGCAGAUCUCCUUUUGAAACUAAGCGAGUUUCAAAAGCAGUUUAGAGCAUGAGAUUGGCUGUCGAAAGCAAGCAUGGGGCACCUGUGGCCCUCCAUAUGUUUCUGGAAUACUGCACUCUUAUGGUCCCUGACUCUUAGCCAUGCUAGCUGGAGCUGAUAGGAAUUUAAAUCUAGGAUCUGAUGGGGGUGGGGGGGCUACAGAUUCAGUAGCCUUGGAUUAAAGCAGAAAGGUAAAUGAAAUCAAUUGUGCUAAUACAAUCCCCUUGCAUGAGCGCAAACAUCUCUUUAGAUCCUAGCCAUUGUGUUUCCCCACCUUUUUCUUCAUACAGCAAUCCUUAAAAAACAAAAAAAGCACCUGAUGUUUCUCUUUUUCCAGGCUUUAAAGGAAGUAAAUGAAGUUGGAGACCUCUUGCAGUUGAAAUACUCCCGGCAUCGACUGGUACCUCUCCUUGACCGUCCUUUUGACGAGACAACAUAUGAAGAGACUGAAGACUGA